GUUUCCCAAACGCAUUGCCCACCGUUUUGCCGGUUCUCGCGCGCGAACGCACGUACCGCGCGCGUAUCAUUAGGUGGGUACCGCGCCGUCUGCUUGCUCGACGCCGUCGCCGCUGUUCGCUCGUCCGCUCGGCCCAAUCGUCGCCCGGUUGCCGUUCGGUUUUCAGCUCUCCUCGCGCGCCUGUCGUGUUUCGGUUUCGCCGAGUGUUUUUGAUUUUCCCGUUUGGUUUUUUUGUAUUUCCUUUUUUUUUUUUUUUCUCGUUUCUCCCCCGACCACUGUCUUCUCGUCGGAAUAUCACCCGACACGCGGCCGGCACACGGUCCAUUCGCUUGGCGUAAUUUUCGCGACAACAAAACGAAACAGCACAGAAAAAAAAAAGAAAAACAAACAGAAAAAGUUUUCACGCGUCCUCACACCGGGAGCGCACAUAUUAUAUUAUUAUUAUUAUCGUUGUAAACGACGAGACACGCCGAACCAUGGAAAUCGACAAAGACGGAAACGCCGUCGUGAAAAUGGCAUCGGGAUACGUGCUCCGGUUCGAAGGCGAUCCGGAAUUCGAACAGGUGUACCUUGACCGCGCCAAAAACGAAUUGAACGAGACGCCGGAACGUCGGGCCGAAGCGCUCGCGGAACUCCGGAAACUUAUUCAAGGUAUAAGAUUAUGUUUAAUGCCUGUAAUUUGAUUGUUUUUUUUUUUUUUUUUUUGUUAUAUCUUACGCGCGUUUCAUUUAGAAAAAUUGAAAACUCUAUCGAAAGAUUGUUCUUUUUUUUCGAUUUUUUUAAUCCCGUUAAAUCGGUUCAUCGUUGUUCAGAACGAGGUGUAUUAUAAUAAUUUGCCGUAAACGUCGCGGUUCUAAAUAACGAUAAUAAUAACGCUGCAGGUUUUCACAUUCACAUAUCUAACGAACCCGCGUCGAAUCAAAAAGUUUAAACGGUAUUGUAUAAAUAAUAUCUUUGAGUGAAUAACGCGAUACUUUUGUAACACGAUUUUCGUGCAUGAAACUCGCGAAUCGAUAUUUGAGCCCGGCGCACAAAUGACACACACAACGACAAACGUCGAAAUGUUAAUUUUAAACGCUUCGAUGGAGAAAAAAAAAUAAAAUAAAUACCUUGCAUAGUAUAAAUACCUACAAAGUUUCGAUAUUUUUACUGUGCCGUCGUAGGAGCCAAUUAUGGUGAACCUUGUAUCGGACAAUUUGCAAUCAUUCAUUUUUUUUUUUUUUUUAUUCGCGUAAUAAAACCAUCCCUCGGGUCGAUGAUCGGUGCAAGGUUCCCGGCGGAAAAGUUGUUUGAAUAGAGAAAAAAAAAAUAAAAUCGCACAUUAUUAUGUACAGUAAUAAAAAACCGUAAAAUUCCUGGCUGUUCCCAGAAGGUCUAAAAGGUACGCAUCAAACGAUUCGGAUGUUUUAUAUACAUAUAUACCUAACCGAAAAGGAAAUUAAACAUUAUUAGUUUCGUGUUAAUCCAAUAGAAUGUACGAUGAUGGACAUUAAAGGUCGGUGACUCGGCGAGUACAAUACAAUGCGUAAACACGCAUACCCGCGAUCCGCAGCGUGAUCAAACGCAAUCCUUUAUAUACUAAUUUAAAAACGUGCGCGUGCGUUUUAUUAAUUUUAAGUAACCUUAAGGGGCCGGAUCCGGCUAAACGGUCCGUUUACGCGUCUGUCCGUCUUGUACGAGACAUAUUUUCAGGAUAACACUGUCGAAUCCCGAAGCUGCAGACGCGCUUAUACUCGCACGUUUGUUCUACAAGUAAAUAAACGGAACUGUCAAAUCCACGCGCGUGUGUUAUAUUAUAAUGUGCCGGGUUCUAGGCAGACGGCGUAAUACGUCGAUGUGAUAACGAUUUAAUUGCAAUUGUUGUCGCGGCUUUCGCGUGCUCGAAUGUAUCGUACAAAAAAAAUUGCAAAAAAAAAAAAAAUAAAUAAAACCAACGAAAACGUUCCGAACGGGCGGAAUGUCGUGGAUUUUCAACGGCCACACGAUCGAUUAUUUUUAAUGCCGUUUCGCGUGCAAGUCGCGGUCUCGACACCGGCCCGAAAAAAACAGUUUUAAACUUUUCACAUUAUUUCGCACCCACCCGUGAAGGUUCCCGUCGGUUUUCGGUCACACACGCGACACCUGUGGAACGGACAUAUUGUAUUAAUAUUCGGGUCUGCAGCAGUUCGAUUAAACCGGAAAAUAAAAACGAUUCGCGGCAUAAAACGAUAACACUGUCCCGCAGUAUAAUUGUGCAGUUUCAUUAUAUUACUCGGCUUAUUAUUAAUGAAGGCGAAAAGCGUGUAUAGGUUAUUGGAUAAUAUCGGUGUCGACGAAUCGUUGUAUUCGAAAACCGAUUCCGAGCGCAGCUGAAAUCUGUAGUAUAAAUAUGAUGUAGUCGACAGUCGUGUCCGUCGUGCCCGUCAGUAGCCGAAAGGUUAUAUUGGCCAGACAAUCGACAAAAAUAUGACGCGCAACAGCGUAUCGUCAUUUGGUGAAACUUUUUUUGAAAAACUGUUGCGAACUGUUUCGCGCAGGCGAAAAAUCCGCCGUUUUUACGGCACUGCGUGACCGGGUCUCGCAGUGUAAACGGAAAAGCGCGUCUGACAUAGCCAACAGCUGCUUAUUCGACACACCGAGACGUUUGUCUUAUAAACGCGUAAAUUGCGAAUUUCGAUACAUUUUAUAGGUUUUACGCAUUCGAAUAAUCGACGCGAAAGCCGUUGAAUAUAUUAUAAUAAAACCGAACGUUUUUUUCAAUAUCGCAUUGUUAUUAUUGUGUUUUUUACUCGAUAUUUAUUUUCGUCGUGAUUUUUUUUUCCACGCGAAUGACAAGAUUCGAAUAUUGUAUGAGCUCGUACAGCACGAUGUGGAAUUAUCGCGCAAUGGCCGGCCGCCGAUUGUCGACGUGCACCACACGGCGAUUGAUAAUAAUUGUAUUACAAUAGCGCACGAAUCGAGAUGAAGCAACGGAGCAUAUUAUUAAGUGAAUGCGAAUAAAAUGACCCCGAAGUAACCGGUAACGAACUAACAGUAGGCGCACAAUGUUCCGUACGUAUAGGUUGGUGUAUACGUACGAAGCCUGCAAAGUGUUUUCAAUUGAAUUCAAUUACAUACGUACGGUACGUACGUACGUUUGUUUUUUUUUUUUUUUGUCCGUUUAUUUAACGUAAUACUUAUCGUGAGCAACGGAAUAGUAAAAGUGAUAAUCAAACGAAACGCACGGUCGUACAUAAUACACAGACGCGCCGUGUAAACGUAUUUAAUUCGAUAGUAACAGAAUAUGGCAGACGAUUAUUAUAAUGUUGUAUGGUGCGGGUUUGUUCGCGCGGCCAUCCGUAGAACCGCGGCCGAUUACAUCGGCCGUUCUCCGUGUCCGUCGCUAAAAUCGUCCGCUCGGUUCGCCUCUAUUUAUUAAUUUUUUUUUGUUUUCUCACAACGUCUUCCCGCCCCGGCAAUAUCUAUGAAAGGAUCACCCUAUAUAUUGGGCUCUGUUCGAACACAGAUAUCCCGACAUCCCGCGGCCCGUGUCGAACAUAGACAACUUUCCCGGGGUAGGGGCUCACUUUUUUUCAUUGGUCAUUUCUCACGGAUAUCGCACAUUUAAUAAAUACGUUUUGUUUGAAAAUCUGUAUUUGUCAGAGCGUGAAUGAAAUUCCGGGGUGGGGGAGGGUAUUUGCCCCCGUCUCCUGCGGUAAAUUUUUUACACCUACCCUACCCGUCUAUACUUAUGAGUGAUGUUUUAUCUCAAGAGUACAGGUUAUAUCAUAAAGAACGGAUACGAUCUGAAAAAACAAUAAUUUGACUACCUAUAUAGGUAUUGUUCCGGAGAAUUUCAAUUUCAAUUAUUGGACUCUGAAUCGUGGAAUGUAUUGGUUUUACUGUAUGACGAUUUUUCUUUCUGUAAGCUAAUUUUCUACCAGAAAUUUUGUUUCAUUCAAAAUACGUAUAGGAACUUUCUUGCCGAAUUUUUAAUCAGAUCAGUGAAUUCAGCUAGUUAUUUUUUUUGGGGAAAAAGGGAAAACACCGUAAAUUGUUUGUAUAAUUUUUGUUGAUUUAUAGAUUAACUUGACGGUCAAUUAUAAAAUUCUUCUCAGAAUCGUUUUUCGUCAGAAACGGUUUAUCGCUGCGUACAGAUAUAAGCUCUACGUAUCCUACCCGAUCGCAACUUUCCUCCUAAAUCAGUGGCACGAUCAUCGGCAGUAUCAUUCUUUUUUCGAAUUUAGCUAUUCUAUCAGCUAUAAACUACAAUGAUAUUAAAUACCUAUCUAUAAUAUUUCUUUUACGAUUUGUUUACUCGGAGUAAUAAUAACGUAAUAGGCAGAAUUAAUAAUAUUACCGAAUAAUGUCCAACACUAUCUCAAAAGUCGUGGGUAUGUUAUUUUCGUUGACGGUAUAAAAAUAUCAUGUAGAAGUAAUAUAGAGUGUAACAGAACUAUUUGAUGUUUUUACAUGGUAAAAAUGUCAAAUCUAAAAACGUCAAAUACCUAGUCCAGUUACACUCUGUAUGUCAUGUACGAUGUACUCUGAAACCCGGACGGGAGGUCCCGGGAGACCGGGGCACGUGGUCCUCACUGGUCCGCUCGUUAAUAUGGAGGGCAUCAUUAACUCACGGUAGCCAAUAUAUUAUAUUAAUUAUACAUUAUACUUACUGAAAAUUCGUAAAUUAAUCUGUUAUUUAAUAACGAUUUUUUUUUUUUUUAAACAUUUAAACUCGAUUUAAACACCGUUAAAAAUAUAUUUUUACAAUCGUCUAGAUACUAAAAUAUAGCCUAGAUGUGUUGUAGAAAUAAUAUUGAAUAAUAAUUUUCUCAUCGUCACCAUAUUACUUAAAAUUUAAUAUAAACACGGACUUUUUUCGGUGCUAUUAAUAUGUCAUUAUUCAUUUUUUGUCUACGAAAUAAGUUAUCACAAUACAUUAUGCCGUAGUUAAUGCUCAAAAUCGAUGUACAAGCGCAGCGGCGAUAAGGACGACGAAUAAUACGGUAGUAAUAUUAUUAUAGGGCGAAGGACUUGUUGUAACUCUAAAAAUUCACCGAACAUCGUUGGCGACAGAAUUGUCAACCGAAACAAAAAUAUGACUCAAAAACUAUGAAAUAGAAGAAACGUGUUUGAAAACCGAAAAAAAAAAAAAACACCUCAAAACAUUUACAAUCGCGUUUACAUGCGAAAUAAAAUUGCAAAUCUGGUCCGGCGUAAAAAGUUUUUGGUUUUUAUUCCGUCGGGUUUUUUUUGUUUUUUUUUUUUCUCUACAGCGUAAAACAAAUGUCACUACGCAAAUGCUACAAGUUCUCUGCGCCUAGUAAUAUUAUUAUCAUUGUCGUUCAGGCCGGUUAUUUAACUACACGCGCGCGCGCGGCGGUCGGAUCGACUGGGUUAAUCGAUGUUUUGUCGAAUUGACCGUCCGUAACGUUAUCAUCGCCGCGAUCCGCGGAUACCGCGCCGGCGGUACGCGACGACGCGAAAUUUCAACGUAAACAAUCGAUGACGGCGAUAAAAUACGUACCGUCGACCCGGUUCGGAUAACGUCGCACGGGGGUCGCCUGCCGGGCGCGGCGGGCGCCCGCGUGAUGCGCGCGAACGUUCGCGCAAAACUCGUCGUAAAAAAAUAUCGCCGUACCGACCGCCGGAACAACACGCUGUUAUUACCGCGCGCGUAAAACGUUCGGACCUCGCGGAUAACGACGCGGUGUCGUCCGGUCCGCGCGGCGGUGUCCCGUUGCGUUCGCGGGAUGCCCGCGUUCGCAGCGCCCGUUACAUUUAUUAGCGCGGCGCGGAUUUACGCGGCCCGCGCUCGACGCGGCGUCAUAAAACGAGACCCGCGCACGACAAGCAGGGAAAUAAAACCAAGUCCGGGGCACAGGCGCCGGGUUCCGGACGUGUCACGGGGUGGUGGCUCGCCAUUCCAUAAACGCGCGUAGUAAUCGUGUACAAAAACAAAACCGUUCGUCUCUCUCGAUCGAUCCGUUAUAGACGAAAUCAAUACUUUCACGGCGUACGCGACAAAUAUUGUUUUUGUAAUAUGUUUUCACAAUAUCAGAACCGCGGUAGGGGGGAGGGGAGGCCGCGGCCCCCGGGGCGCCCUUGUACACGACGCCCCCGUCCGACGAGCGGACUGGUCAACGACAACGGUUUACGUUGCGGCCGCACAAUAAUGGUAAAUAUCCAACGGAAUCCGAACAACAGGUAGAAAAAGAAAAAAAAAAAAUUCGUUUGUUUUACGGCGUGUACAAAUGUUGUUUUUUUUUUUUCUCGUUUUUCCACGGUCUGCAUCGUCACAUUUCAACCGACUCGCGUUGACAGAUUUCAACUGACCCCGAUCGCGUUCGGCGGAGUCAAACGUCGACCGCUGUAACGGUCAUAUCAACCGGGUACAUUGUCUACGGUUAAACCGCUCGACAUAAUAUCCGGUCGGAUCGGGCGGUUGUUGUCACAGCUCGCUGCUCACCGCGGUUAUCGUCGUGACAGCCAUAACGCGUGACGCGCAUUACGUUGUGAUAUCGUAUUGAAUACCGUCAACGACUUCUACGCCCGUAAUGUACGACACCUAUAUACACACGGGAUGCCCACGCGCGCGUUUUAAACGAAUAAUCGUUACUGCACGCGGUGACCUGUCCAAAUAUUACGUGGGUUUUACCCGUCAGCUGUCAAGGCUGGGCGUCUGCGCGCUAGUGACAGUCAUACGCCGAGGUGAUUUCAGUUCUACCGUCUUGGCUCUUAACAUUCCGUCCGGAUUUCGUUCGCGCUCGUCCCAACUUAAUGUAUCGCGUGGCGGCGGGCGAGUUGAUUCUGAUUGAAUUGCGGCGCGCUCGGUCAAUUUCAGUUGGCGCGACGACGAUUUCACGAAAAACACGCUUCUCGCGACGAACGGGCCACUGUCGCGCAGUCGAGAACGGCCGGAACGGAGCGAUACGGAGAGGAGGUGCGCCGGUAUAUCUCUACGCGACGGUUAAUCUUUGCCAACGAGAAACGAAGUUUUGAACGGAGUUCGGGGUUAUACACCGCGCUUCGAAAGGCCGUAAAUAUUAUUUACGGUUUUCGUCAAAAUUCGAUACUAAAUUUCUUGUAAAAAAAAAAAUUAUAAAUUGCACUGAAUUUUUUUUUUCUUUAACCGCAAAGUACGACUCAAAAAUAAAAUUCCUGUUAAAUUCGAAAGCAUUUCUCCUUGGUCUAGCAAUUUUUAAACAUUGAACAAAAUUAAAAUGUCUAUAAAUAGCUCAAAAAUGGCUAAAAUGGUUUGAAAAUUUUACCGCGUCUACAAAAGGAAAACGCUAGUUUUCUGUCCGAAAUUCAAGUCUCUGCGAAUACUAUUCGUAACACAAUCACAACGCAAAUAACACAUUUCCCACAUUUUCCGGUUUUUCCCCGAACGAUUACCCGAAAGUACCGUCCGGAUAAAAUCCCCUUUCCGCAACGGUUCAUCGCUAUUGAUAAAAUCCGAGCGAAAUUUCCGGUACAAAAAAAUUCGUUGGCACAAAAAAAAUUAUAAACAUCGUUGUGAAACGCGACUCGAGUUGACAAAAACCGACGCGACUUAUCGACUACGCCGCGAGGCGACGUCCGACGCGCAGUACGGCGAUAGCCAUUAACGCGUUGACGGGGACUGAAUCCGUAAAACUUUCCGAAAUAUUCAACGGCCGUACCGACAGUUACGGUCACGUCCGUUAGCUCGCCCGCCCAACUCGCGGGCAUCGCCCGCCGCGUACGACGUUCAGCCCGCCGGUUCGCGCGGCACGGACCCGGCGUCGUUGUCGCAGCCGAUUCGCACGUGCGCGGCGGCCGGAACGCACGCCGCACACGGAAACCGUCCGGGCGAGUAAACGGCCGCGGGACCCGUAGCGCUUCGUCUACGCAAAACCGGCCGACCGCGCAUCGCAGCCGUCUCACGCGGUGCGGCGUAGCGCGCGAGUAACGGCGCACACUCGCCGUAUUGUUAAGGUGAGUGCCUUACCCGCGCGAUAAAUCACGACGGCGAGAUAUCCGCACCGCUUUCACGCCCCACAACGCCGUGUGUGUAUACACCCGUGCACCCCCGCGUCAGAGCGUCGUGCGUUUCGAAGGCAGUCUCGUAAAUCGAAAAGUUUUAAUUUGAAAAAAAAAUUAAUUCCCCGAGAGUUCACUAAGCGAGCGGCGCCCGCCAGCAGGUAAUAUAUAUUGUAAUAUUGUGACGGUGCAUAGGGCAAGAUUUUAAUCGAUUCCCGUUGAAAAAAAAUUACACGCGAACAAUGUUUGUGUUUCCUUUCAAGACAAAACAAUAUAACACGUCCCGAUUAAAACUUUUAAAGCUCACUCGGGUGCGCAUUUGAAUUUUUUUUUUUUUUUUUACAAAUAUCGAAACGAAAAAUACAGUAGGUGUAAAAUUAAAAAUACGCGAGUACAUAGGGUAGUUUAGAAUACAAACGGAUUUUAAUUGUUCGAUUCUAUCGUUAAUCUGCCACGGUAAUCACUAUACGUAUGCGAUGUUGUAUGAAAUAUCAAGCGUAACUAACCAGCAGGGGUUCGAACCUCUCGAAAUUUGAGAAAAACGAAUCCUUUUGCUAAUUCUGGUUAUAGUUGAAAAUAUUAAUUAAUUUUUUUUUUUUUUUUUAUUUAUAAACUUUAUUGUCCCCUAGAAAUUUGUUUCCGUGUACGCGCAAAAUAUUAUUGAUAAACGGUUCUAUGUGAUUUUUAACAAAGUGUACCAAAUCAAACGGAAAAAAAAAAAAUGUUUAUACGUUAUUUAAACAAUUUUUUUUUAACACGUUAUUUUUUCUCCCCCGACGUUAUUUAAUUUUAUAUACAUAAAUAGAUAUGUGUGAUAUAACAAACAUCGGUAUAAUUUUUGAAUGUCCGGUACGAGACAGUAUCAACAUCACGGUUUUCGUAUCAAAAAAAAAAAAAAAACGGAUACGUGAAAAACACUGCGUUUAUACAUUUCCAUAUUAGGUUUUUUUUUUCUUUAAUUAAAAAAGUUUGACGAUAAAUUUACUAACUCCGUGUAGAUAAGCGAUAAUUAAUGUGUUUAACGCAGGCAUCUAUCGGUUUUCGUUUUAAAACGACAAAUUCACAAUAUAUUUUGUACAAUACCUAUAAUAUAGUUUACAGUUUUCAUUUGGACCGGAUCGACUGGAUUUUUACCCGACGAAUUAAUCAAUCGUUAAUCAUUAUAUUAAAAUUAGUUUUUGUUGGUGUAAUCCGGGUAAAAAUAUCCGUAGAGGCGUGAAAUUUGGACAGAAAACUCGUAUUUGUCUUUUGUAGACGUGGUAAAUUUUCAAAACAUUUGAGCCGUUCUUUAACUAUUUAUAGAUAUUUUUAUUUCGCUAAUUUUUUACGUAAGUAGUUUUUGUUCGAAAGGACUCCGGGGAAGAAAUUUCCAGACCAAACAGAAAUGCUUGAAAAUUUAACAGAGGGUUUAUUACAAGUAGUACUUAUUGGUCAAUAAGUAAAAGUUGAGUUUAAUGAAGUGUUUUCUUUUUUUUUUAUAUAUAAGAAUUUUAAUAUCAAAUUUCGACGAGUAGUAAAAUAUAUUAUUACGUUUUUUAUAUUGUUUUUCGUUGGUUAUGGUUUAUCGUUGUUUACAGAUAUAAAUCAAAAUCCCUUCUGUAUCCUACCUGCCUUCAUUCUUACCUAUAACAGCGGUCCACUCGUCACACAAACUACAAAGUAUGUCCGACCUUUUUUUUUUUUAGUUCUCGGUCGAUUGAGAAACAAAACAUCUGUUUUCGGAUUCGUCGUAUUCUCAAAGUAACAAACGUACGCGUGCGUACGAGUACGGAGUAGUCGAUGUAUUAUUGUAAUAUUCGCACCGAGCUCGUUUCGAACCUAACCGAUUGCUCCGAUUUUCAAGCGUAGCACUUUUUCUGAAAAGAAAUCUGACCGGAGCGGUCAUUCGUGGAGCUCGGUUUUUGAUUUUCUUAGGGGUUUUCAUAACGGGGGGGGGGAAACCGGGAAAAUGUACGAAAUCGAUUGUUUUCGAAUCGUUAAUCAAUGAUGCUAAAUACGGUCGUUGAAAACACCCACAACCGAACUCCGGGCCAGAAGAACCGUUUCUCGUCGGCGCAACGCUCGACCGUCACGUUACCGCGCGCACGCAUCCGAUUUUCUCUCUGCCUUCCCGACUUCCCGACAAACAACAGCGGCGCACGCGAAGUGUACGCCCGUCCGUUUUCGUUUGUGUAACGCGCAACGCGUAAAAGCCGCCGCGCGAUUUACUUUGCUCGCAGGAACGUCGCGGCGGCGGCGCGGACGCACGGUGCACGCGAACAAACGCGCGCGAUUGUUUGCGUUAAUAAUUUGCGACCGUUUCAAAACGCCGCGCGCCGGCGACAUUGGACGCCGUUCCGAAGGCCGUUCUCUACUCUCUCUCUGCGGAUCGCGACAACAUUGUCGUCCGUCCUUGUCGCGUCGUCUCGGCUUUUGGUACGUGCGCGUCGCGCAAUAAUAAUAUUUUGCUACCGUACCGUUUAUUACGAACGUUCGCUUUACUACGGGCGCCCGUGCAUUUCCGCCGCGAACACCGUGGGGGGGAUUCCGAACAAAACUGUUUUCAAAAUGUAUUAUUGUUUCGGUUCACCCGGCAGUGCUUCGCUGUUGCUGGACAACGCGGUCGUAAACAAUAGCGUAUUAUAACAAUAACAAUAACAAUAAUAAUAACGAAAUAGUUUUCUUGUCCGCGAGUCCGUGACGGCCGAAUUAUCAUCCGCGUCACCAAGGCAACCGAUGAACCGACAGAUAUAGAAUUGUAUCGGUAUUCCGAAAAUGCCGAAAACCCUCCGCGUCCCGUCCGGCGGCCAAUUUUUUUUUCGUUUUUUCAUCCGUACCACCAAGGUGACCCGUGAAUAAACAAAAACACAUUAAUAAACAAUUAGAUGUUCGUAUCGAAAACACCCAAACACCCCUGUUUCAUCCCUCCCCCUCCUCCUCCCCUUGGAAGUGUUGAAUUUUCAAAAAUCCUUUCUUAGCGGUUGCAGCCAUAAUUAACUAUCUGCACGCCAGAUUUCGGUCCGAUCCGUCCAAUGGUUAGGCGAUGACGAACCAGUCAGUCAUGACACGUUACUUUAUGUAAUAUGCCAGGUGAUCGUACACGUCAUCUGUGUUGUGACGAUAACGGCGGCGUUUUGAAUAAAUAUUUUUGACCUGGCGGAUGUCGCGAUGAAACGUACAGAAACGUCACGGUCGUAUCGAAUAUCGAGCGAUUUUGUAUCGUGAUAGUCGGCAAUAUUCCGAGUUCGUCCCGGGUAAAAAAAAAAAAAAUUGCAACACCGCAGAUUGGGAUACGAUUUCAAAAUAUUAUAAGGUAUAAUCCGGUACGUCCGGGCCAUUUGAAAACCAAUUCGGAUUGAGUACAACUCGCGGAGAUUUUCGUAAAUCAAAAUAUCCAUAUCGGAUCCGAUAUACGGUUAUUUCUAAUAUUAUGUCAUUUGGUUUUGUGUGGGCGCAGCGCCGUCGUGUUUAUGUUAUGUUUCCGUAGAAGAGUCAAAUCAUAAAAUUCUUCUUCUUCUUUGGCUUUACAAUUCCGUAAGAAUUUUCGCCGCCACCGUCACGCCUUUAGAGUCUACGGUUUUUUUUUUUUUUGUUUUUGUCUUUUUCGAUGCUUUACACUUUUGAAGGAAUACGCGCAUUUGUAACGAUACUUGAAUAUUUGAACGUAUAUUGUUCUUGGUGUAUUAUAUAACGACAAAAACAUUCAAAAACGUUUCCCGCGUAAGAACCCCGAUAUUAUACGCUAACGUUAUUAUUGUAGGUACGUAUAGAUCCGCGCAAUAAAUAUCUUCUUCGACCCGUUCGGAAUCUCGAAACAUACGAACGUCCACGUAAAUAACAAAAAAAAUCACGUUUUAUUAUAAAUUGCGCGUGUAUUUUUUUAUUAUUUAAUUUUUUUUUUUUUCGGGGGAAGAAAAGAAAAGUCGCAGACGGUGCAUCGCAGACGCGAAACGCCUAUAUAUUUAUUAAUUACGCGGGCCGUUUGUGGGUCAAGGCAACCUUGGUGACCGGAUUAUGGACAACUUUAUACUUGCUCACUACGAGACUACGAUAACCGCGAGUCGUUGUGAUUCGCUGUGAUGUAAUACCGUUUGUAACACGCGUAUCUUGUACACUUAUAACGCGACUGCCGUUCGAAACCAGUUUCGGCCCCCGGACACGUUUGUCGGACACAUUAUUAUUGUAAGAGUAUAGGUUACGCGUAAAAAAAAAAAAACGCCGCGAAACGUAUUGGCACAUAAUACCAUAACGUCUCACCCGAAUUUCGCGGCCUCGGUAAGAAUGUAUUUAUUUUUUUUUUCUAUAUAGAUUCUCAGCGCGGCGAUAAACGCGUAUACGGUGUUUCACUGUGACGCACGCGAUUUUUUUCAAUUUUUUUUUUCCGUCGGACUUUUCUCGUUUCUAAACCGCGUAACUUUAGACACCUAAUAUCCGUGCGGGACGCGGAAUGGAGUUGUGGCGUCCGUCUAAAGGUCAAUCGAUCAACCGCCACCGCCAACGUUUGAAAAUCGCAUCGCGAAAACCACAACCGACUCGACAACAAACGCUAACGGUUUGGCUUUUGUUUCGCCGGCCGCAGCGUUGAAGUCUCUCCGCGAUUUUCCGAAACACGCGCACCGAACACUGUAGCCCGAAAAUGUUCGCCGGGUCACACUUGGUUUUAUAUCGAACGUUUUCAUUAAGUCCACGGCGAGCCGGACCUCGAUGGCCCUUCAUUUCCCCGGUCGACGUCCAACAGCAAAUAAUUUUGCGAAAAAUAAGACGCCGAAACGUCAACAAUCUUUUGUUUGAAUAACUCGCCGCGCGUUGUUUGUUCCGACUGUUCCAUAACGGUUAAUUCGUAUUCGACACCACGGGCUUUUCGAAACGAUUAUCAUUCACCGAUGAAAACGAAUGGUAAUUAAUGAAGAAAAUAUUUCAAUACUGCCGGGUGCGUAAUAUCUAAUAGCGAUAUUCAAAGCAAAUACGGUUUACAGUAACGAAACGCGAAUAAAGAAAAGCCGGGCAACUUCGCACGAUUAGUAGGUCACUGUUGUGGAUGAAAAGUGGGAAGUCAUGAAGGUUUAGAAGGAAAUUUAAUGUAUAUCUGUAAGCAACGAAAAACGAUUCUGAGUGAAGUUCAAUUGAUAGUAUUGCUUUGUCAACAUUAUGUAAUGUGUCAUAUUAUGGUAAGAUAAUUACAUAGGGAUUAAACAUUUUUUUUAAUAAUAUUUGUUUAAUAUUGUUCCUAUUUUCCCCUUUUCUCGGUUUUUCCCAUUUAUUGGGAAAAUAAAAAAUGAUCUACUUUAAUAAUAAUAAACAUCUUUAUAAAACCAUACGUUUCUUUGCUUCAAUCAGAAUCUAAAAUAUGAACGCGACAGCCGUGUAAACGAAAUACAGUAAUACACAUUAUCCGAGAAAACUGAACAAUAUUAAAUAUUGUUUUGUGCGUGUCGUAAAUCAAUUGGCCAUGUGAAUAUGUGAUCGUUUGUCGUAUUAAAAUAUUUAAUUUAUUUUAAAACUAUGGCGUUUUUUAGUUUUAAAUUCUAGCAGAACAUUGCCAUAUUUCAAUUUGGAACAGUUUUCUACAUUAUACUUAAAAAAAAAAAAAAAAACACGAUAGCCACAAACAGAAACAUCAUAAAAACAGUUUCAAAUCUAAAUAGGAUUUCGAAUCAAUUAAAAUUUUAAAUCUGACUUUAUUAUAAUGUGUUGCCCAACAAUAAUAACGAUAAUAAAUAAUUCGAUACGAUAUCGGUAUUUCAGUUAGAAAAUUAUAGUAAUGGUAAAUGUUUCUGUGCGUGGUUUUGAUUUAUUACGUCGAGUUUCACAAAAUAGUUCACUCGGUAGGUGAAAUAAUAUAAUUAUACACCUCAACCUGACUUUUAAUUAAUAAUUAUAUUCUUUUUUUUUCAUUUUAAUAGACGUCUUAUCUCUAUAUAUUAUAGGUAAUUACACAUUUAAAUGCGGUUAAAUCGGUUAAUCAUUACUCAACAAUAAGCUCAAUGUGAACGCGUGGAUCUCUUUGAUAAGAAAAGUCGGCCGUCUAUAGUCUACGCAGUUGAUUAUACCUAUUAUAAUAUCUGUGGCAAUAAUUGAAAUAUAAUAGCGAAACAGCCGUAUAGGAAUGAUUAUUAUUUAUUACCAUUGUAAAGGAUGUAGGCAUUCCGCGUAUAUUUGUUGUACGACCUACGGUGCACCUGUAAAUUAUAUGCUUUUUAUAAGUAUUACGAGUAUAGUACAAUUAUGCUGCAUUUGAAAAUACAUUUACAGUAAGUAUAUAGUAGGCAUUCACGGAGUUCACUAAAAACAGAUUAAAAAAAAAUGUGUACAAAUACAGAUUUUUUUUUUUUUACAUUUUAUCCCAUAGAUCGAGUCGUUUUAUUUAUAACACAGUUUAUAAAAUAUUCAGCUGGUUUAAUAAUAACAAUACCGAAGCAAGUUAAAAUGGCGAAUUCUUCGAAUUUUAAACACGGUGUAAUUUUUCCGUUUAAUACAAGAAAAACCGUAUUAACACGUUUGUUUAAAAGUAUUUGAAAUGAGUAUUCGAGUACAAACAUAUUUGAAAAAUGUUUGAUUUACCAAAUCGAGUAUAAUUUUCGCGGUAAUAUUAUUAAAAAAAAAAAAAAAACGUAUUCGUAUAAGUUUACUUAAAAGUAUUAGAAUGUUUCGAUUUAAAUAAUACCUGCUAAAAAUACCUUACAAGAUUGAUCUAAAGGUAAUGAACAAAAUAAUACCUACUUAUAAAACGUAUGUUACUUUUGUAUUGUUUCAAGUUUUUAUUUUUUCCCGAAAGACUUCAAAAUACUAGCAAUCGGUAAGUGAUUUAUUUACGUGCGUUUGAAAAUACCCGAACAAAAAUUCUGUUUACUUUUAGCUUUUAGAUUUAUAAUAAUAUUACCUGCUACUACUUGGAACUGACAAAAUCUUUAAAGUGUGACGUAUAUUACGGUGAGUGUAAAUUAAAUCAACAAACUUAACAGACACCGUGCACCGUGAACAAUACCAAAGUAAAAUUAUAUACCGUAAUAUUUUGCGAUAAUUUCAACCCUUCAAAAGAAGUAACAAAAGUCGAAAACUCUGCGGGACAUAAUAAACUUUGAAUGAAAAUAAUAUCAAAACAAACGCCGGGACUUUGAGGGUCGUUGUCCGACCAAAUUUAAUUUACUUCGGCGCAAAUGUUUUUUUUAUCGGAGAUAUUAACGAGCGAGGUUAUGAUAAGUUGACACGUUUGAUGCCAAUGCGAAUGCAGAGUUAAAAAUUUCAUCAUAACAUACGUGCAGAUUAUAACAGUGUCGGGUCUUGUAAAAAUAUGCGUAUUUUUACCUGUAUGCAAAACAUGCAAGUUCGAUAACGAAAAAAACAAGAGAAAACCGACGUUUUUGUUUUUUGUUUCGAACGCAUGGAUGUGCGCUUUUUAUUUUUUGUGAUUGUAAACAACUUUUCUACCUGAAAUAAUGCUCCGAUCAAAAAUUAACAAAAUAGUAUUAUUGUAGCGUUUCGGAUCUAGAUGGCAAUUUGAAGAGAUAAUUUUUUGAUUUUCUGAAGCUGUUUUCAUAAUAAUUGGAAAAAAAAUAUUUAGACGAAUUGAGAAAUAUACAGUGAUAAAAGUGUCAUUAUUCUAUAUUUUUUUUUGUUGUAAUUCAGUUUAAAAUUUUCACGGAAUACUUAUGGUUGGUCUUUUUUAUACGUAGUAAACUUUUCAAAAUAUUCCGGCAAUUUUUGAGCUAUUUAUAAGUAUUUGACUUUUACGAGGUUUUUCAGUUUCUAUUUGGUUUUUAGUGGAUACAAUUGUUUUAAUAUUUGGAAAUUUUACUCGAGGUUCUAAAUAAGCUAUACUUAGUUGUCAAAAAAAGUUUGACGUAAUGUAGUUGUUUUUUUUUUUUUCAUAAGUAUUAUGAGUUAAAAUUUUAACGAAAACGUAAACAUCACGGCAUUGCGAAACAUAUUUAACCAAACUCCGCUCACAAUCAUAUUUCAACCGCAAUGAUUAAUCGUUUGCGUGCAGACAGAAAUUAAAUAACCUUAUGACGUAUCCUAUAUACCUUAUCAACUUCCCGCCGACGACAGUGGCACGUCCAAUGUCAGUUAUCUUUUCUGUUUUGAUUCGAGUUUAUUUUUUGGAACCCUUGACGGUUUAUUUUCACACUUCUACGAAUGUGUCCGUACAAGGAUAAUAUUUCGUUCGCGUCAAUCUUUCAAACCGGUUCUUUGAAACGUGUAAAAUAUUCAUAUCAGUAAUUUAUUAUAAAGGAUAAUUUUUGCUCUUUUGAUCUUGUUUACUAUAUUAUCAAAAUGUAACCUUUUUUCUCCGUAUACAUACCGAACGUACACAUGUAAUUAUGUCGACUUUGUAAAGACAUGUGUUAUUUUUUCUCGAAUUUACAGUUAAGACUGUAGAGCUCGAAAUUAAAUUCCAUCAUGAUAAAAAAAAAAAAAAAAAAAAAUGCCGUUCUGUACAAAAAGCCCAGUAGCGCGUGUAUCUGAUUUUAAUAAGUUAUAGCAAUAAACAUAAUACGUAACAUAGGCCGUGAACUAUCAACGAAUUUUUUUUUUUUAAUUUCGAAAAUUAAUUUAGACGCAUUAUAAUUUUUUUCAAACCGGGUUUAUUAUACCAAUAUUGUAUUUCGUAUUUGAAAAACGAUUCGAAUCGAAUCCCUUUCCGUUUUGUAUUAUGUUAAUUGAUUAUGCAAAUAAUCUGAAAGGACAAUGGAGCUGCCGUCGAGAGUGGGCGCAGGGUAAUAAUAAUACACUGAUAUAUAUUUGAUCAAAAAUAUCUCGCCAAACAUAUCCUGUAAAAUGGGUAACGGUCAUAACAGGUUACGCCUGCCGUUAUGGAGCGUAAUAAGGUAGAGAUAGGAUAUGUGAAUGAGCUCAAAAAUAUCAAAAAAAAAAAAAAAAAACUACUUCAACGACCUAAUAACUAUACAAAUAAAACAAAAUAACACUUCAACGUCGAUAGAAAAUAUAUCGUACGUAUAUGUUGAUAAUAUGUAUACAUCGUCGAUUGUCUGAAAAAGCUUUUGCAAUAGGACGCGCGAACAAAACAAAAUUGUUAAUAAUAAUUAUUUUGACAACAAUGGAAACUAUUUACGUUCCACUAAUAACAUUUUAUACACGUACAACUACAAUUUAUAUGUUAAUCAUAAUAAUUUUAAACCAGUUCACUGAUCUAAAAAUAUACAUCAAAUUACCAACACGUGGACUUACAUAUGUGUAAAAUAGUCGACUGAAAUUUAGGAACGUAGUAUCCAUCCCCAAGAUCAGUUUAGUCGAUCAUUCGCAUGUUUAUAUUGAUAUUAAUUAUGGUUUAUUACAAAAUAAUAUAAUAUAGUAUCCAAAAUACUACAUGAUUGGCCAACAUAUUUGUACAAAAUAAAAAUAACGUAAAAAUACAAAAUAUACAAAAUAUUGUAUUGUAAAUAUUUGUAUAUCAGUUCAUAAGAAAAUGAGUUGUUCAGAAAGCUCAUCCAGUUGGAGUUGUAUGCUCUCAGUACAAAAAAAACGUAAAAAUGUAGCUAAUCGUAUAGCUAAAUGUUUGAGAAACUAUGCAAUUGGUAAACAAUUAUCGGUCGCAAUAAUAAUAUUUAAUAAAUAAUCAUUAAUGGGAUUUAAUAAAUACUUUUAUCAAAGUAAUAAACCUUUGGUACCUAUACACUUAUAAAAGUUGAAACGCAUUAAUUGUUCGUCGGCAGUAAUAACGAUAAUAAUAAUAAUAUUCGUUACUUUGAUAAACACUUUUAAAAGUGGAAAAACGCAAUGGAUCCUACAUUUGUUCGUAAUUCUUUUCCUUUUUCUUUUUUUAAACGAACGAGUAAAAAAAAAAAAUAAGAUACAAUCUAUGGGACUGCGGACCACCUAUGCCAGGCUCACGGACCGCUGGUCGGGAAACACUGUUUUAAAUAACGUAUAAACAAACAUUGCUCAGAAUUGUUUUUCGUUUGAAAUGGUCGCACGUUUAAGGGCGUGAUUUGUUCUCGAGUACGGAGCCGAUAUAAAAGGAAACCCAAUAUCAUUAACAAAUUCAUCGGAAACUAAAAUGUCGCAAGUCCCCUACCCAAUCGUUUUUGUACAUAAUUCCCUUAGCUUUAUACCAUGAAACCAUAACAUUAUUGUUUUUAAUUUAGCGUAUGCCGGUAUUGUGCACCGAAGUUGGGCGGUAGUUAAAUGUUAUGACGAACCGUACAAAGACGUCCGUAAAACAAUAUCGAUGCCUCGAGCGGUACUGCAGAUUUACGAACCGCCUUUAUAAUACCGCCUCGUCUUUAAAUCGCUAUUAAAAGUUGAAAGAGAUUGUUUACCCGUAUCGUAAUAAUAUAAUAUAAUUUAUACGCGUACCUGCGUGUACGCAAAGCGACAAUUCGACAAAAUACGCAAAAACUUUUACUCUGUUCGGUAUUUUUCACAAUAAUUAGUAAAACUAAUAGAUCGCUACAAUUACCUCUACUCUAUAAUUAAAGAUCGAAAAUCGAUGUUUUUUUUUUUUUUUUUUUUUUAAAAAUCGGUUUUACAAAAUCCACAAUAGCCUGCAUUUUAUAAGUAUAUUUCGAAACGAAAUGUCGACGUUGCAAAUGUUUUACAAAAAGUUUACAGAAAAUUAUUGAUGACAUAUUUAUUUUCAUUGGACACAUUCGGUCGUUCAUCAUCCAAAUCAUUUUGAUCAUUGAGACCCCGAGCGUAACGUGCGGUAAAUAAUAGGUAUUCGUAUUGGAAUGUUACUUUUUUUUAAUUAUUAUUUAACACGGUAUGUUGAUUUUAUGCACCGUCGUGUACAUAAUUUACAUUACUGCCAUGCCAUAAUAUACAAAACGCGUGGUUCGUUGCGAAAAAUCCGUAUCCUAUACAGAGCGGUUCUGUUAUCAUCGUUACCCGCACUUACCAUUAUUAUGAUCAAUUUACGACCCUAUCCCAUUACUCCGGUCUAAAUUAUUUGAACCGUUAGAACUCCUAAACAGUAAAUCCAAUGUAUGUGAAAAAAAAAAAAAACCAAAUAAAAAAUAAUUUGAACUGUUAAUGCUAUACAAAUAUAUACGAAUAAUUUUAGUAUUAUAGCAUGCGUAUCAAAAUUGUUCAGAAAAAUGUCCUCGCGUCUGUGUCGCCUCUUUAAAAUCAAAAGUUUACGCAGUGUACACUCAUUUAAGGCACAACAAGAGUGCAUUUGAAAACUGCUGUUAAAAGGUGUUAAACUUUAAAAUAUAUUCCGUUUCUAUAUUUCGUUUGAUAUUGAAUUAAAAACGGACGCGCCGUAGAUUGACUCGCGCUUUCGCCGUAAGCCGUCCGUAAUAAUAAUAAAUAAUUAAUAACGUUACACUCGCCGAUUCAUUUAGUACUCAUUUCGAGACAAAACGACACUUCGACAGAAUGUUCGUGUGCGUCCGAAAACCGAUCAACCCGACGUCCGAUAACAUAUUAAUAAUUCGACUUUUUUUUUUUUUUUGCCUCUACUUGCAUAAUAUAAUACUAUACUACCUAUUAACUUCAAACUACGGUGUUUCGUUGUUUAGUUUUCCGUACACUGACCAUUUUUGAUUACGUUUAAAACGACAGACUGCGAACCAACAAGAUCCGUGUACGAUAAAAUUCAUUUCGGCGUUACGUAUUUACUGUCUGUGCGUACAUUUUUAAAUGUUUCGUUGUCAUACCGCACGGACCGAAUACAAUUCGUAUAGAAAAACGCGUUAUUUUCGUGUGAAACGAUAGAUGAUAAUAUUGCCGUCAACGCAUUUGAAAAGAAAUAAAUUAUUAUUAUUAUUAUUACGACGACAUAAUUUUACGGCGAUUGAAUCAAAUCACACGCAACGUUUUAUAGCGAUUUUAACAAAUUGACCGGAUAGUAACCGGGUCGAGUUUAUUUUACUGUACGCCAAGUACGGCAUUUAGUCUCGCCGUGACCGUUAUUGUGCGUACAAAAGCCGUUAAUGUGGAAAAUGUCCGGUGGGGGGGCAGAGGGGAGCUGAAAUUGUAAACCUUAACGUAGGUUGUUGCGUUUUAGCAAUAAACGUGCAACUAUCGCGACACGGCUACGCGAUUCCGUUUAUAGUUUUUUACUCGGCUUAGUUGUUUUACUUUUUUUUCCAGAACAACUCAACAUGAACAACUCGUUAAAAUAACAAAAUCGACCGACUAUCCCGGCUAUACCCUAACAACCCGAUUUAAAUAUACCAAAACAAUAUAAAUACGCGACGACGACGACGUACAUUUACGGUAGCGUUUUAUCGAUCGGUUUACUGAUAGUUACGACGUGCACAUUGGUACGUAGGCGGUAGGUGCCUACACAAUGCGUAGUAAAUAUAUUACAUAUUAUUAUUAUAUCGUUUGGCAAACGGACGCGUUAAUUAUUAGGUUACCGUGGAUUGUUAUGGCAAAGCGAUUUGUUUGCGGUUUAUCGGUCGACCUCCAUUUGCGGUGAAGUUACAAAACGCGUACCGUACAGUACGACGAUAAAUCCGACUGUAGACAUUUUAAACAGUACCCGAUAAAACGCAGUUACACUGCCUUUCCGCAGUAAUGGCGUAAUAUCGGUAACGUCAACAGUUCCGUACGUUAAAAUCAAUUCCGUGACGCGUACUAUGGCGUCCGGACUGUGUUCGACGGCGAUUUUCUGGAGCAGCUAUUAAUAUUAAUUUUUUUAUUUCGGUCCGUUUUUCUUCGAAGGUAACGUCUAUUUUCGCCACCCGAUCUCAAUAGAUUAAAAAAAAAAAAAAAACUUUCUAAAUAAAUUUCCAACGUUUUCAAUUUUUACCAAAACGAAUCGAGUUAUUCCUGAUUGCGUUACGCGGUAUCUUGUCUCGUUUUUCACACCAUUUCCGUAGAAAUUAAAGCGACUGAUGCUAGAAACCCAUUGAUCCGACAUGAAUGCAUUGACAUUUUUAGAAUAAUACAUUAUACAAAACGGCUAUUUUUUUUCCCUUAGAAAUUAUAGGUCGAAAAUAAAACGAGUCCCUCUCGAGGAAAAACAUGAUAUUAAAAUAAGUUGCCUAUGAAUUCUGUCUUAACUAUCCCUGGAAAAAUCCGGUGGAACACGGUCCGACACUCUGUAUUAUACGGGAUUGCUUUUUUCGAAAACUGUUUAAAAAAAAAAAAAAAAAUGCGAAAUUUCGCUUGUACGUUUUCUCGUUGACGGCAACGUAAAAAUAUGAAAAACAUUCCGUAAAAUAUUAAUUAUUAUUUAAGGCGAUUUUAGUUUUUAAAUUUUUUUUUUUUUUUAUCGUAAACCCGCAGCAGCGAUUAGCAUAAUACCUAUAAUUUUAGUUAAUAUAUUAUUUCUGUGAAGUACAAAGUUGUUUUCGGGUUGUUUAAAACAUAAGUUUUUCAAGUGUUCAUCAAGUUCCUCUUAAAAUUAUUUUUAAUAAAUACUUAAUAAUAAUAAUUCUCGUAUCGGGUAAAAUUAUUUUUGACUUGUCUGCGCGACCAUCGUCGUAAUAAAAUUACGAUCAUAAACAGAGAUUAAAAUAACUAUUAUUCAAUUUUCCAUUUUACAAUAUUGUUUUCCAUAACGGAUUUCCCGGUGCGGGGUAUAAUAUUGCGCAUAUUCGCGAAAAAAAUUAUAAUUAUUAAUGACUUUUAAAAUGCGUUUUAACAGGUUUUGAUUGUUUAGAGCGCGAUUCCGUUAAACAUUAAUUACCUCGCCAUAUGUUAUUUGUAUUAUUAUUAUUUUUUGUUUUUUUUUAACGGUAUACCUACUAAACGGUUUUAAAUUCAACACUCGGUUAUACCUACGCUGUAGGGUUCCGCAUACAUACUCUCUAAUGGUUCACCUGACACAAUUUUCCCACCUAUACCAGAAAUGUGUUCGACCUAUGAUUAUUUUUUUAUCUAAACCUUUUCAAUGCAUUUUUCUAGUACAAUACGCGGUGACUAUGUUACAGUGUUUAUCGAUGGGAUAUUUCAAUAAUUUGACUAUAGAACAUCGCUUUCUGCAGAACAAUAAUAGCGUAAUAAUUAUAACGAGUAGAAGGUGUGGCUCAUUAUUGAACUUUUUUAUAGAAAUUGCAUUUCCUCGGUCAUCAUUGCAAUUUGAAACUGUGAUUAUCUCUUCGACAGCAACAAUCCUACACACCUAUAAUACAAAUCGGAUUAUUCAUAAAAACAAAACAAAUAUUACUAACCUUUAUCGUCCCUACGAAUUUACAGUUCCGUGUAUCGUAAUUUCGGUUCAUUAUCGAUUGACUUAAAAUGCCUAGCUGAUUUAAUUAUCGACCGACGAAAAGAAUUGUUCCUGCGCGUUUUUAUUAGUUCACUGAUGGUUAGCUGUACGCUAUCUGACAGUUAGUGAAAUUUUAGCGACACGUUGUAACGGCGGUCCUAAAUGUGUUCGGUAAGCUAUAGCGGAUGGUUUAGCGGGGUAUUAUUGUAACAACAGCCCUGCCGUUUUCCGGUGAUACUAGUAGUCCACGCCUGGCAGCUAUAAUAAUAUCUGUAAACGUCUGCCUUGUCAUAUUGUCACAUAAAGUCUCGAUAUUUUACACAUAAGGUCGAUAAAAAAAAAAAAACCCGCCCCCUCAUAAACAAUAAGUUGCGUAUUUUUAUUACACCGUAUACUUACGUACCCAACAGGGCUUUAUAGUGUAUUACAUAGUGUUGAACAUUUUAUUGAGUAAUAUUUAUCUUUGUUUGUUUUUUUUUUUUUAUUUAUCUAUCUAAUUUGCAGUAACCGUGAGUACAUUUUCGGUACGUACGGUACACGGUAAAUGUAUAUAAAUCCGAAAAAACUGGUCGCGCAUUCCGUAGCCACGCCUAAGAGUCAACAUAAAAAAUAUAUAAAACGACAGACAUUUACGAUCGUAAAAUAAUGGUCAACAAAACACGAGCCAGUCGUUGGGAACGAACGUGAAUUUUCACAAAAAAAUUAAUUAUUUACCUGCAUUGUUUGUUAUAAUAUCGUAUUCUUUGUUUCUCGGCUGUUUACAUCACGCGAUAUUGUAAAAAAAAAAAAAAAAAUCAAAAUAUAGCCUGUUCGUUUGAUUUAUUUCUAGAAACUCGUCCUAAACAAAUGACGUAAUAUACGUAACUAAAUAUCGUUGUCAUUAUUAUUUUUUGAAACAGGAAACUGUUGUGUAGGGUGAAAGUGCACGUCAUGCGACCGCGGACGCGUCGUGUGCUCGUGAACAUUUCGAUUUUCCGUUAAUUAUUUCGACCCCUGCAGUAUAAUAGAAUGACGUGAUUUUUUUUUUUUUUUAAAAAAAAAUAAUAUUCCGCCGAAAAUGAAGAUAGGUUAGUAAUACACCAGCGGAAAUGACGGAAAUUCGAUUUUUCGCGUUGAAUUCAAAAAGAAAAAAAAAUACAAAAAAAAAUCAUUCCGAGCCAUUAAAGUACACCGUAAUGUACAGUAUGCACAUAAGAUAAACGAUAACGCGAGUCAGAAAAUACGAAUUUAACGUUUCGUAAUGUUCGCACGACGUAUAUUAUUAUUAUUAUUAUUUUUUUUUGCAAACGCAUUGUUAUAUAAUAUAGGGGGUAAAAGUCAUCUCUUUCGCGCGCGCGCGUGUGUGUGCAGCACCGCAGUGGCACCCAAACUAUGCAUUUCGAGUUUUCGUCGCCGAUCGGGAUUCGGGAUAGUCGGGUAGAACGGGCACAGGCAUUCGGAGUAGCGUACUGUUAUAGGCCGUAGACGCGUGGAGAGGAAUGACGGCCGCAUCCGGAUUUCGCGGAUUUUGUUGGUUAUCGUUUGACCCUAAUCCCCAUAGUAGAAUUAUAUAGCUCGUGUUACGCGCGCGCGCGCGCGCGGCGAACGCGUAUCGUACCGGGGCGGUGUCACGGCCAGCCGAUACUUGUGGUGUCGUCGUGCCCGUUACGCGUGUCACUCCGGGCCGUACGAUACGGCCGUCUCGCGUUGGUUGGGCGACCCGGCCGCGUAAAAACGGCGGUAAUCCGAAUACCCGGACGUUCGGAUUGCGCGCGCGUUCGCCGCGCGGCGGGUUUUGGGCGCCACUGUUCGCGGCGCGCGCGCGUACCGCGGACACCGCGCUGUCGUUAUCGACUCGCAAAUCGAACGUCCCGUAAAUUUUUAUUAUUAGCUCGCGGAAUUUAACGCGUGUUUUGAGCGCGCGCGGGAGACGACGUUUACGAGGCCGUCUAACGACGCGUCGUUAACCGUUCCGGCAGACGUCCGCGGGCCGCGACGUCGCGCCGGAAUCGCGCCGUUUCUGUUUCGUCGCGUACACGCGCGACGGCGCGAGGUUCGCCCGUCGCACGCGGGCAUACUGUACCGUUCGAAACCGGCGAAAGCCAUUCCAAAGUUAUCCGUACGCGCGUGACGCUCGUUGUUAUUGCGCGAAACGCGGAUUUUUUUUGUGAUUUAUUAUUAUUAUUUUUUUUUUUCGAAAAAUUUGUUUUCCUUCUCCCCGUCUCGACAAAACCGGCCGCGGCUGUAAUACGUUACGUUACCGUCAUCACGUACUCAUUGGUCAUUACCGUUCGGGGCACAUGCCGAGCCCGUGCCGUUUUUAAUUUUUACACCGUUUUCGCGGCCGUAGUAGGCACUGGCGCAUUGUAUUUACAGGGGCGCGAAGUUGUCAUUACGCGUUUUUAGCAGAACUCUCCGAAACACAUCCAACAGUGUUUAGACAGACUCGUCGGAGUACCGAUUUUUCAAUUAUCCCGCUUUUUAUUUUGUUACGCUGAAUUCACACCGCUUAGCUAUUAUGUAUACUAAAACCGUUCGAAAAACCUUCCGACAACGUUCAAAUACACUUGCCGGACAUUGUUGAAUAUUCGUUGGACAUUUUUUUUUUUUUUUUUUUAAUAAAACUGUUGAAUAUCGAAAACGGUAAUUUGUUUCAAAACCUUACAACAUUUCUGAAAAUGUAUAUUCUGUUAUUCGUUGAGGCGUUAUUUUUAUUACGCGGUUUUAUUUAUUUGGACAGUAUUGGUUAAGAACACAUAUUGUUUCAACUCCGGUAAUAAUAAUAUUAAGCAGUAGCCGUGUAGUAACCAAGCUGUCACGAGUGUAAUAGUGUCGUGAUUUUCAAAAAUUUAAAAAUUGUAAUGUUUUCGCGCUGGAAAAAAAACUUAAAUACUCUACUCUAUAGACUAUACAUAUUUUGUAUCUGUUUUAUAACAUUCGAUCAACCGCAAUGGGUGUAACCAAUAGUAGAUAAUAAAAUAACCAAAUAUUUUAGGAUCGUGAGCCAGUUCAUCUCCUCGCGGUGCACCGUGGGUAACACUGAGUUAACCGGGGUAACCCCGAUCUGGGUUACGUUGAAAAUAUAAUAUAUUUUUUUUCAGUGACGCACCCGGAUGAUAUCCUAUUCCGGACGCACUCGGUAACAUUGAAAAAGUGUCGUUACUUGACGCAUUCGGGUAACACCGACUGCCUGCAACACUUACUUUCGGCCGUGAAACGACUGGGUACCCAGUAUACACACUUUUGAUUUAUUUUCAAGCGAAAAUGUGAUAUUCAACAUUCCGCGAACGGGCGGACCUGUAUUAGUUUACAUAAAUAUCGAUGUUGAAAUUUUCGAUUUCCGUCGACCCGCGUCGUUGACGAGAUACUCAACUUGUUAAGUUUUGGUACUGGGAGAGUGGUGGAACGCCGCGGAUUCAAACGCCGCGCGCUGCACAAAUGACGCUCCGCUACUCGCCCUCCCAACCAAAACUCGAAAGCGGAAUAACUCGUCGGCGGAAAUCAACGGUUUCGAGACCGAAAUGUACUUAAACUAAUACUCCGUUUAUUCGCGGGGUUUCGAUGCCGUUUGAAAAUCAAAAGCGGAUAGUCGCGUUUCGCCCGCGAAAAUAAGAACGACGAACAAUAAUGUACAUGCUGCAUUUCACAGCCGCUUGUUUCGUAAACUGUCCGAAAACAAAUAAAAAAUUCUGAAAAAUGUUAAUACGUUCCGAGAAACCGUAAUGCGGGUACGCAUUCCUUUUUUGCGGGACACCGCUUGUGUAGUACUAUAACAAUAUUACGCGACACUUUUAAACAUUAUCCAAACUGGGAAUAGCGGAUAAAGGCCCGAACUCAUACUCCGGGUAACAGACUCACUGUUGCAGUCGGAAAGCCGAGAAAGUGUAUAGGAUGUUGGGCGAUGUAUAUUAUAGUUAACAUAAUUAAUCGUUGCAACCGAAACGCUAUUCAGAGCGGCGAUUGGCAAACUAGUUGAUAAAGUCACGGUUGUGUUACUUUUGCCCUUGCAGCAUAGUCAAUAAGGCAAUCAUUUGCGAAAUAACGAGUGGUUUAUGUUAAACCAAUCGCUACAUUUAUAAUCGUAUACGUAUAGGCCGUAUAACGAAAUCGUAAGAUGUAAUAAGAUAUAAAUAAUAAAAAGAAAACCAGAGCGCGGGAUAAAAACGCUGUUUGCCCGCAUGUAUCUAUAAUGAUAUUGAAAAACAAUUUCGUUCUGGCGAGUUUUUAAAACAAUUAAACGUGCCUAUUUGAUUACGAUCGUAUUUUUUUACAUGUAGUGAACGGGUUUAUACGUUUAAAAAUCGUUCAUAUUUAAAUAGAUCGUAUUAACAGACACGUCGUGUAGUACACGCGAACACUGUUAUCGAGAAUACUUUUUUCAGAAGUGUUCAAUAAACUAUAUUAUUAUUCUGAACGUGGUUUUAAUAAAAAGUCGAAAAAUCGAAAAAUAAAAAAAAAAACAUUUGCUUAGUCUCGUUUUAGAGUGUUUAAAAUGCUCGACUUUAAAAAUUAUAACGAAUAAAAUAAUCACAAUAUCGAAAUAAACGUUACUUCAAUAUCCAAAAGCAAUUGGAAACUGUUAAUUUUCAUUUGAACAAUAUUUUCGAAAUGAAUACAGGAACCGUCUGAGGCAAAUCGUCAGAGCGUAAUUUAGUUAUUUUAAUUUACUCGUUGAACGUACAAGUGUUUAAAUUCGCGGCCCGUAUCACCGUUGAUACUGGUAAUAUUGUAGCUUACGAUACCUACCCGACGGUCAAUAUUAUUAGGUAAAAAAACAAACGGACCAGAAUCAACAAAUUGAUGAUGAUUAUAAUAUUAUCAUUUGAUCCGUAUCGUGCGCAGUGCGUGUAGUAAGUAUGUGUAGACGAUUAUCCCCGCGUUGCGGUAUCCUUACAUGGAAUUGAACUAUUUAAAUUUUGAACAUAAUUUAUGCAAUACACAUAUUUUAUCAUAUUUCGAAAUUCGCACAUUGACUUUAAAUGCUUUGCAAUUCGACCCGUAUAAAGUCGAGCGUCCGUGUGUCUUUCUCCCUCUCUUCUCUAAAUCUCCCGUUCUCCCCAUCUCUCUUAUAAUAUUAUAGCUGAUACGGUUCAUAAUAUACUCGUUGUCUGUACGAAUAUACGCUAUCUAUCAUCAUAAUAAACCAAACAUCGGGAAUGCCCCCCCCACGGGGCAAUAACAGUGACUUGCAAGACAUUACCGUAGCGAUUUGCAGGACGUUUCGCGUGGAAAAAUAAAAAUAUAAAAUGUGUAAUCGCUCGCGAUACUGCACUGUUGAAAAAAAAACCGAAACAAUCGUGUACGCGCGUAUUCAAUCGCGAGCUUUUUAUUUUUGUAUAGUUUCCGUCUUUGACCGCGAAACCGAUGAAAAUUAUUGUUUCGGCCGCCGAAAAUAUCUCGUCUUCGUUCAUCCGGCAAUAAUUAUUAUCAGCCAAGACACCUCAUUGAUGAUUCACUUUUGACGUCACUGUAUAUAAGCGCUUGUAUUAAUAUUUCUCCACGAAACCAAUUUGCCUGCACAACAUACAUAAAAUACGGCAUUUCAAUUAACUUCUCAAUUGAUCAGUCCGCUAGAGUUAAUUCGAAAACGACCGGCCUUAUUGAAACUAUACAAUAUUAUUAACGAUAAUAAUUAUUGAUGAGCAUACCUACCCCCCACACGUUUAUUGUUUUUCAAUAAUAAUUUAUUUUUGUCUUUUUCGGUGGAAAAAUUAUAGUUUUAAGUUGAAUAAAGAAAAAAUUAUAUUGUAUUUUAUUGUCAAGUACGAAUGAGCCAAAUAGUCGCUUUGUGAUCUGUAAAUACUUAGAAUGUUAAAAUCCGGAUUACAGUUUUCACUUAAAAUGCGAAAUAAUUUCGGUUUUUAUUUCUUCUUUUGGAAAUGUAUUUGAAUAACAAACCGGUCAGGUUAAGGUGCGGAAUAUAAAAACUUCAAAAUGUAUCCAGUAAUCGGCUGUAGUCGAUAUUUCAUAACACAUAAACAAAUAUUAACAUAACAUUAAAAACGUGUAUGUUGUUUAUAUUUAAUUAAAUAUAUUUAUAUUUUGCUAUAGAAGAAAAAAACAACAUAUUUACAUAAUACAUUCGCGUUUUCCCCCUUUAAUUGUAGCCUGCAAUAAAUAAUUCACAAAUUAACCAAGUUUUUGGUUUACAUCUUUUUUUAUUUUUUAAAAAACUGAUUGGAAUUUCGUUAGUUUUAACGAAUUUAUGAAUUUUGUAUCUGCGUUAUAAGACCACUCUGAAUCUAAAAAUAUUUUUAAAGUAAAUUUAUUUAAAACGCAUAGAGGUAUCCGUUUUGCUCAAGUUUGGUUCGGUAAAUUAUUGUCAAAAAAACCGUUAUGCACACAUCGUAAUAAUAAUUAUUAUUGUAACCAAUACAUAAUAUCACUAAAAAAAAAAAAAAGAAAUAAAGAAAAAACGAAUUGUUUGUAUGUAAACGAUUGAACGAUUAUUUCAAACUACUGGGAAAUAUGAUUUAUAAUUAAAGUCAGUCCGAAAAGGGUGGUAUAGAUAUUUUCGGGUUAAAUAGGCUGGUCCCAGACCCCAGUUUAAACUUGGGGAAACUGACUGCGCCGUAGUAAAAUUAAAUAUUUAAAUUGGAAAUCAUUCGCCUCGUCAGAGGUUGCCGGGGGUUACCUUUUUCAAUAAUUAUUCUGCUGUUCAUUGAGAACAUUCGGUCAUUGCGUGCACUUCUUGACUUUGAUAUAGGCCCGAUAGAGUAGCUCAAGAUGCAUUCAAAAACCGCUAUUAUUUAUAGGGUUUAUCACGAAAAUCUGAAAAAUACGCUAACUCGUUAUUGUCCGAAGUUUACAAUGGUUUAAGUGGUUUAUUUAUCGCCAGAACUGUAAAUAACACCAUCGAUUCGCAAAUUUUUCCCAGAAAAAUAAUUGAGUUAAUGAACAUCGAAAACUCCAAAAAAAAUCGUAAAAACUAAACGAUUUAUAUUUAAAGUGAAUAUUCGUAACCCCAAAAUUAUUGAUUUCAAAGUAUACUUGGAAAACGGCUAUCCCGGAAUCUGUAAAAAAAAAGAAACUAUUUUUAGUUUUAAGAAAAAUAUAUAGUAUAGAAAUCAUAGAGCAAGGUCUUGUGAUUAUUUAAAAAAUAAAAGCAAUCAAUUUUUAACCGUCUGGAAAAAAAUGUAUUGUUACCGAUAUACUUAAUUUAUAAUUAUUUUAUUAACUUAACGAUUCGAAAACUUACAAUUUUUUUUUUUAAUCAUCUUUUUAGAUUCGGCGAGAAGCUUUAUUGUAAAAUGCUUUUCUGUUAGUAAAAACGACCCGACUUUUUCAUGGCAUAUACCUCAAAAUACGCGGAUUUUUUUCUCGGCGUAUUUUUUAUCCGAAUUUCCGACCGUUUGUCCUUAGGCCUUUAUUUGUAUAGCCUCGGAAAAAAAUUGUUCGAUAUUUAUCUUAUUUAUUCUACCGAUGUCGCAGAUCGCGUUACUUAUAAAAUUAUUAUAGUGGGAAAUAAUAAUCAUUUUUUUUUUUAAACAAAUAGAAUUUACACGGUUUACAAUAACCGCACUUGAAAUACAUUAGGUAUUCUGAGCCAUUUUUUUUUUGAUUUUUUUUUUUUUUUACGUACGAGUUUUAUGAAUAAAAUAUUACAUCACAGAGCGCGGUUUAUUUGUCAUACAGUUCCGACAGAAACGAGCGGAUAAAUACGGAACCCGCGUGCAAACAAACGGCAAAUCGUUUGCAGCACGCUGUUAGCGGUUCGUCAUAAAUCACUAUUAUAUAUAGGGGAGGCGCCUACCUAUAUAGAAUAUAUAAAAAAAUUACGUGCGUAUAUAACGUCAUUAUUACGUUUUCCGAAUUAUCGUUUUCCUUCUUUAUUUAUUUUUACACUGCGAUGCGUUAAAAUUUAUUUACCAAACGUUUUAACGGGGAAGGUACGGGAAAUAUUAUUAUUCCUUUCCUGUUAUAGUAUUACACGUAACACAGUAUCCGCCUACAUCUUAUAUUCUGCCGACACAGACACUCGCGAAAUGGGACUUCGGAUUUUAAUAUCCGCACGAUCGUCUCGCGUCUGUCCGCGUUAAACCUGUAGGCGUACCUAAUAAUAAAUAAUCCGUAAAAAAAAAAAAAAAAAUUUAAAUAUUCAGGGUAUUAUCGUUAUCCUCAUACUAUAUACCUAUUCAUAUAUUGUGGGUACACGUAUUAUUGUCGAUUGAAAAUUUUGUACAAAUAAUAAAAAAAAAAAUAAUGAUAAUAUCGUUACGGGUUUUUCUAGCGCUUACAUCGUGGUCGCGAGAAACAUGCCGCGCGCAUAGUAUUAAAUAACAAUAUUCCUUUUUAAAUAAAUACGAAAAACGAUAAAAAAAAAAAACCAACAACAACAACUUCUUCCGCCGUGUUAUUUAUUGUUAUUGAAUAAAAAAUUAUAGCCUCGCGGCUAUCCGUACCGCUGUUAUUAAAUUGUAGUACGUCACGGACGUUGUAUAUUUUGUUUUACAAAUAAUACGUGUUUGUACUUUGUACAUUUCAAAUGUCUCAGCUAUACGUGUUACAUGAAAAAAAAAAAAUUAUCAUUAUAUUGUUUUUUGUUUUUUUUUUGUUUUGUAGAAGAGAAAAACCUUUAUUUGCCGACCGACGCGUCCACGGAACUGUACUUGUUAGCGUACUUGAGAGUUUGCAAAUUCUAUCCGGACAGCGCGUUCAAAAGGGUUUGUAUAUUUUAGAAUGAAGUUUAAUAUACAGUAUUCAAAUAACCACCGCGGAUUAAUUCUACCUAUGGAUAGAAAUUUCCGAAAAAUAAUUUUUCUGGAAAAUUAGGAUACGUUUACAAAUUUCCUGUAAAACACUCCCCUCACCCAAAGAAUCAAAAGUCAAUGGAAACUACAUGACGAAUAAUGCGUCAAUAAUAUAAUAUGUACUAUCGCAUAAUGUCCGUGAUGUACGAGUCAUUACACUUUCAAGUUACAGAAAAACAUGGAAUUUUAGAUUCUAAGUAGAGCUGAAAAAGUAUUAAUUUUACAAUGAUGUUUAUUUUGUAUUUUUUCUGUGGACAAUUUUUCUACCGGAAAUUUCGCACCGAUUUCCAAGUAUAGUACUUUUUCUGAAAGUAAAUCUGAUUGGGGUGAUACUUUAAGAAUGUCAUUUUUUGAUUUUCCCAGGAUAUUUUUUUAAUAAAUAAGAAUAACCGGGAAAAAACUGGACAAUUUACGAAAUUUAUUAUUUUCAAAUUGUAAAUAUUACGGCCUCUAAAACAUUUAAAACCGAACUCCGCUCAGAAUCGUUUUUCGUUAGCAAAGAUUAAUCGUUGUGUACAGAUAAAAAUUUAAAUUCUCCUUUAUAUCCGUAGACGUAUAUUAUGGUGUUCCGCCAAGAUUAUUUUCUAUAUAAUUAUGUUAUACAUACAACUAUACCGAUUCGUACAAUACUAGGGUACUUGCCCUUUUAAUUUCCCUGAAUAAUUAUUAAUAUAAAUUAUGUACACUGUAUAGGUACAAUCUUAUAAGUCUUGAGCCACUCACUGUAAAUAUUCAGGCCUCUCAAAAAUCCCUUCACCACGCCACCGCUGCCUACCACAUUAUAAUAAUAUAAUAUAUGCAUUAAGUUAAUAAGUUAAAUACAUUUUUAUUUGUAUUUUAGGUGAAGAGUUUGUAUAAAUUACGUCAGAAGAAUCCGAAAUACUGCAGCGACCUCAUACCGAGUAUAGAGAAAAACGUCUUCGAACAAAAUAUCCUGACGGUCUUACCGUUACGUGAUCAACACGGAAGGCGCAUAAUGAUCACUGAGUGUGGACGUACGUAAAGAAUAUUAUGAUCGGGAUUCGGGCCUUAUCACGUAUAGCAUUUAAAAUCAACAAAAAUACACUUGAAAACCGCCAUUAUAAGUUAUUUAACUUAACAACCCCUUUAAAUGCUUUUUUAGCACUUAAAAAAAUGUCCAAAAUUAAAAUCCCAGUAGAAUGUAGAAAGCAUUUUUUUUUUUAUUUUCAAACAAUGGAAAUAAGAAACACAAAUAACUUUCAAAUUUCGUAUUAGAACUCGUAACAUGGUCCACAUUUCUAUUACACUCUCCUAGAUUUGACGCCAAGCCAAAAAAAUAUGCAAAAAUGCUUUGUAACUCCCGAACCUUGAUUAUAAUAUAUUUUGUUACUCUUAUAUUUCUUACAUUUAGACAUUUUAAUCGUACUGUAUAUUGUUACGGUACAUCAUAACCUGUCAAAAAUUUAAACUUAUUGAACUUAUUCUGUUUUCUAAAAUUUAGUUUUAUUCAUAAUUUAAACGUUCCAUGCAUUUAACCGAUAAUCCUAAAAAAACAUAAAAUCUAUACUAACCGGAGUAUAAUCUAUACUUCAAUAAUUUUUAAGUUUUAUAGAAUAUACUAGAUAAUAGAGUACCUAGUUUUCCAUAGUUAAAACGGAGUUAUUUUUUUUAAUCUAUAGAGAGAUGGAAAGUGAAGAAUUGCUCGUUGACAGAGAUCUUUCGAGGCAUUGAGUUGGUGAUGGAAGCGGCCAUUCUCGAACCCAGAACCCAAGUGUCUGGCACUGUGUUGUUGGUGGACUUUAUUGGUCUGACCAUAAAUCACGUUUGGCAAUUUACGCCAAACUUUGCCAAACUCACUUUGGAUUGGAUACAAGUAAGAUAAUCCAUUUAUUUUUGUUACGACUGUAAGCAUAACACGACCCGAGGAACUGUAGUUUCUCGUAUUAUACGCGACACGUCUUUGUCAUUUAUAUUCUUUUGGGUAUACCAUAAUAAUUGCAUUGUUUAUUGCAUGUUUUUAUUCAUGAUACCUACUUAAUUAUCCGAAACAAGUACGAGAAGGGUAGUUACCGGAAACUCAAGUUAAAUUAAGUACAAUGUUCCUGAUGGGCGGUUCUAAAACGUUGGUGCGAUGAAGUUCAAACGAGCGUUAAAAAAAUAGUGGGCGUCGGUUUCUAAUGAACGGCGAAACGGAAAGGUAAACCGAACAGAAUAUGAUUUUUUGCUCAUACCGUGUCGGUGUUUUUUACACGCUUUCGCGGGAAAACGUAUUAAAUUUCCGGACCAUUUUAUUGAUCUAAAAUUAAUUGCAAAUAUCAUUACAAGAGUGAUACCUACACGUACAUAUUAUGUUUGUGUGUUAUUAAUCGGACGGAUUUUCAAAUUUCGUGUAACACUUAACGGCUCCAAAGCACAAGCUGACAAUGGCAAAGGGGGGACGUUAAUGGUUAUAAAUACAUAACUUCCCCCAUGAGUUUCAAAAUAUACCAUUUGUAGUAUGUAUUUAUUAGUUUUAUCUUGUCGUUAUAUUAUAUUGUAGAAAAUUCAAAAGGAAAAAAAAAAAUCUUGAUUUAUUCAGUAGAAAUUGGCUCUUUUCAAUCCUGCUUUUAAAUUCUCGUCGACAUUCUGCGAACUGUUCGUGAAUCACGAUUAUUAUUUACUUCCUCCCCGCCCAUUGAUUCGUUUUUAAGGAGUGGCGAUAUGGUCACUAAGAAAAUGAUAUGCGAACUAAUCAGCAGUUAUAUUAAUUCUAAUACCUAUUGUACAUCUAUAAUAUUAUUGUAAAGACAAAUCUUAGCGGAAAAUCUUCGGCCCAACCAAGGAUGACGAUAGUGUAGAUUGAAGAAGGAGGAAUUAUGUAGUCAUAGAAUAUUAUAUAUGUUUCUAAAUUUUAAAACUGUUCAUGAAAGAUAAAAAUACGUAAUAUCUCUGAAGAAAAUAUUGAAAAACAAUUUUCAUCUUAACAACUAAUGUGUUAUAAAACGUAUGAAAAAAAAAAGAACCCAAGACAGUCAUUCUAUAAAUAUAUUUGAAACAAAAUUUUCGUGUCACGAAUACCAAAUUAAUGAUGAAUCGUUAAGCGUUAACGAUUUCUCAAAAUGUAUAACCAGAAACAAAUGUAUUUCUCAUAGACCGAUUGGCGAUUGGCGUUAUUUUUAGUAUCUAGUGCUACAGAAAACCGUUUGUAAAUGCGAUAUCCUAAAUUUCAAACUUAAUAUCGACCGGUUCGCCAAUUUCAUACGAAACGUAUAAGAACCGAAAUCGAGUUUUUAAAAAAUGCAAUUUCUUUAAAAAAAAAAAAUUUAAAAAAAAAUUGAUUUCCCUUAUCCGCAAUAUAGGUGACUAGGUCUGUACUCGUCUGUAGCGUUCAAGACGUUCUAUCGUUUACUGUAAUAACAACAAAUUAAAGACGGAAAAAAAAAAUAAUCAAUAGUUUACUAGGUAAUCAUAACGCGUCUGAAGUGCAUAUUUUGAACAACGGUGAAAUUAGGAAGUAUAUAAAACACAGUUAUUUAGAUCAUGAUUUUUUUUUAGAAAUUAUAAUAUCAUACUCAUUAAGGUUAUUGAUAAACUGCUGUGUAGGUAUUGUAUUUCAUAUAUUUUAUAUACAUUAGAUAUCUACUCACAUAUACCGGGUGAUAAUUUUAUCGUUUAACAUUCAUUAUUUCGAAAAGUAUUGACUGAUUUUUAAACAUUUUUUUUUUUUUAAAUUUAAGAAACAAAUAGUUCUAAAAUAUUACAAUAUCAUUUUUUUUUUUUUUUUUUUUUUUUUUUUGUCACCCUUAUAUUCAGUGGUCAAUCGACUACCUACUUUUGAUUUUCAAACGGUAACCAACAUUGGAAAUUCAUCGAAUAGACGGAGUAUUAGUUAAAAUAAAUUUCGGUGUUGACAUUUUUGAUUUCCGUCAAUCCAUUAACAAGAUAUUCGACUUUUGAGUUUUCGUCGGAUACUUGGAUCUGUUUAUUGGGAUUUUUAAUAUAGCUAUUUGCUAUUUGUAAAUCAAAAGUAAGUAGUCUUUUCACCUCCGAAAAUCAGGACGACAAGACAAAAUACAAUGUAAAUGAAAAAAAUUGUAGAGCCCGCUCAUCGUUUCUUAAAUUUUCUACGGAACAGAUUCCGAAAAAAAGUUCGUAUACUUUCCGAGACAGCGAGUGUUUAACGAUAAACGAAUCACCCGGUAUAUUAUAUACUUACCUAUACCUACUACGGCGGCGGAAUUUAGUAAAUUGUGUUUAUCGGUCUCUCGCGACGCGUUAACAAUCGUAAACCUCGCCGACGAAUUAUAUUUACCGACACCUAAGAUACCUUAUAUAAUAUGAUAUUGCGCACUAAUAAUAACGCACUCCAGUGCAUUUUUUAUUAUUAUUUUUCUAUUUUUUUCUUCUUCAAAUAAAACGCACAACGGUAUUAGGUAUGUAUACUGCAGUGGCUGCAGCAGCGGACGAGUAUUUUGCGGAACUUACAAUGCAUAUUAUUACGCAUUCUUAUACCGUUUCGCAAGUUUAUGUUUAAAAUAUAUAGGUUACCUACAUUCCGAAUUGUACGCGGUACGAGUUUUUUUUUUUUUUUACGUAGGUGCUGUCCGUGUUGUACGCGCGUUUUUAUUACAGAAUAUUGGACUUUACAAAGAUUCCGCGAACAAAACACAACGUUAUUACAGAUAACUAUUAUACGUAACAAGUAUUCACGGCGGACGUACGCAAUGAUAAAUGAUGACUGAUAGUAACUGAAGUCGGCCGCAAACUAAAUUGCGAAAUAAUUGUUUUCGAUCAAAGUAUUAAAUUAUAUUUUAAUAUCUACGUUCGCGCAACAAAAACGCAAGAUGUAUGAACCGUUUUUUUUUUGUUUUUUUUUUUAAUUAUUUACCAACGUAUUCAUUAAUAAUAUAUUUUUUUUUCGUAUAUACAAUUUAAGAACUUAACAGCGGUGUUCCCCGCUCAUCAAACGGGGCAAACAGAUUUCUGUUGUUUUUUUCAUUAUUAUUAUUGUUAUUAACGUACGUACACAGUUUUUGAAUUUAAUAACUUUUAUUACAAGAGACGAGUACAAAUCAUCGUUUUACGGAAAAUAACAAAAGAAAAACGCAAGAACAAAUUGAUAUUAAAAAAAAAAUAAUAAUAAUAAUUUUAAACAUAAUUCGAAUGGCUUUUUGAUGUUCGAAAAAUUUUAAUAAACGUUAAGCUAUGCCAUGUUUUAAAAAUCGUAUAUAUGCGUGUAUAAAAUACAUGGUGAUCGACUUUUCACGAACCAGUGAUUUUCUCGUUGACCCCGAAACGAGUGUACAGUUUUAGAUUUUCAAACAAAAACAAUCGCUUUUGAACACGGAUUCGAUGAUUUGCGGAUUCGGAGAUGGUAAUUUGUUAACAAAUGUUGAAAGACGCAGCAACAGUCAUAUCGAAUCCAUUGUUUAUUUUCGUAUUAUAUUAACAUUAAGUGUAUGAGAAUUUCAGGUCGUAGGAGUGAACAAUUGUUAAUUUUGUUAAAGUAAAACUUAAAAGAUUCCGUAAAUAUUUCGGAAAUAAAUGAAAUCCACAUUAGUCCUUCGGGAAAAUCUCCGAUUCAAGGUUGUUCGAUCACCCUCUAUACCCUGUGGAAACAAUAAUAUUGAAGACGAAUGUUGCAAUAUUUUCAUUUACAUCCGUAGACGUAUUAUGAUACCGCCUGUUUACCUAUUAUGUUUUAAAAAAUAUAUUUGACCGUCAUAUGUCGUAUGAUAAUAACAUGAUUUAUACGCAUAGGUAUUAUAUGUUAAUAAUAAAAACAAAAAUUGAUAUGGUAUUAAAUUUGAAAAAAAAAAAUACUAUUGACAUAAUUUCACCUAUAAUAAAAAUGCGUUUAUCGAAAUGUUUCAGUACUCGAUGCCGGCGAGACUCAAAGAAGUCCAUAUCGUGAACCAACCGUACAUAUUCAAUAUGGUUUUUGCGAUGUUCAAACCGUUUAUGCAAGAGAAAUUGAGAAAUCGAGUACGUAUAAACACAGUAAAUUAUUAUAACCAAUUACAGUAUUAUAACACGAGUGGAUGGAAAAAAAAAUUUAUGUAAUUUUUGUUUCGAAAAUUAGUAGGUUUAUGAUAUGAAUUAAUUUAGAUUGUUUGCAUUUAGAUUAGAGCGUUUAGUAAUUUAGUAAUUUUACGAUUAUGUUAUUUAGCAAUUUUUAAAAUUUAAUUAGCUCGUGUUAAAUACAAAACGAAAUUGACCAAGACAUUUCUUCCCGAAACUAAAGACAUAUAAGUAGAAGGUACAAAUAGAUAUGCAUAUUUUGUGUGGCUGUUAUUUUGUCUUAUUGAAAUAAAUGUUUAUUUUUAAGCGUACGGUAUAGAGUGGUUGAGUUUACAACUAAACAAUGUUUACGAACCACAAUAAUUAUAGCAAGAAUAAAUUCGUUUUCGUGUUUUGUUUUAGUUUCGACGUUGGUUUUGGUUUUGUUUGUCUGUUGUGCGUUGGUAUUUAGUAAAUAAUAUAUAGUAAUAUGACUGCUGCAGGUUUACCCUUCGAUGAAGAACUUGUCGGUUAUAUGGGAUUCCUAACCAUGGAAAUAAUGAAGAUGAUUUGAUAUUUGCUGGUCAUUGCUGAGCUAGAUUUUUGAUUUCCUUUAGUUCACAGUUGUUGAAAACAAUGAAAACUGUUACAGUUCUAUAACGUCAAAAUUGUUAAAAUUACCGUUCGAUAUAUAAUACAGGAACAAAACACGGACAGUUUCAAAAAUCGAUGGUGCAACACAAUCACAACGCUGUCUUAAUUUGAGGAUGAUUAAAGUUAAGCGAAACUUAGCAGUGUCGAGUUGAGAAUAAACGGACACGUUUGAUAUGCCUGGUGCUCCGACCUUAUUUUCAAAGAGUGUCGUGUACAGUAUAGAUCAAACGGUUAAAUUAUAAUAUUCUCGAGGAUGCGUUUACAGCGCUAAUAUUUUAUAAUUCCAUUAACUAUUAAUUACUAAUAUUAUCUAUUAUAAUUCACGAUAUACGUUUUUAUCGUGUAUUACACGUCACAAAACUAAUAGAUCUAAUUAUGUUUUUAUUCAUUGUGAUCGAUUCGAAUAUCGAAUCAGAUUGUGUAGUACUCAUACCCACCAGAGUAGUUCACAGUUUUUAUACCUAUACAUUAGUUAAAGAAAAAAAAAAACUCAAGAGCUCUGUCACUAGAGUCGAAUUUUCCUCCAGGUGACUUGUUGUCUGUUAUUUUUUAUUUCAACGAUAGAGAAUUACAAACAUACAAAAUCUACAAACGGAUGAUGGGGUCGGAGAGUUGAAAGUUCAAAUCUUCAAAAGGCACAUUUUUUUUUUUUUUGACAGUAAUUACAUUUACGUAUGGUACAUGUUUUAAUCGAGUUACUUUUACUCGCGUGAGACUUUCGUGUAAGGGCACUUUUUUAAAACCCGGUACGUUCUGCGAAAACGUGAAUUCUGAGCAUAAAAACGGUUGGGAAGGAGGCUGAAAGAAACCACCAAAAGGUGAAUUCUUUAUUCUUAUAACUUAGUAUAUAAUAUAUGCAUAAUGUCAUCCCCCUUCAUUUGAGGGCACCCCAUUAGAAAAUACCCCCUCCCGAAAAAAGUGCGCAGUGAAGUCAAUAUUGAAAUUCAAUCGCCCGCUUUAAACAGCGGUUAAAAGUAACGCGUUAUUGUAGCGUGAUACCUUUUUUUUAGCGAUACUGGUAGCGUUUCGAGCAAGUUUAGUGCGAUAAAACUAUAGUUUUGCUUGGGAAAACAUCUCGAAAUUCGCUACUUUAAACGCACAUUUUUACUAAAAAUAAAAUCGCGAACUUGACGAAAUUUUAUAUAAUUUGUAGUCAUAUUAUUUUAAUUUAGUAUACAGUUAAAUAUUUAUCUGCAGUUUCGUAUCUUAUCGGAAACGUCAAGUGUAAACAAAUGUUGUUCUUAUAUUAAAUCGUAAGAAUCGAUAUUUAGGGUACUGCGUUUUGAAAAAAAAUUUAAAAAAAGGCCCUUUCUACGAGUCGGAAAAAAGUUCGCGAGCUACAUUUAAUAAAAAUAACAUUUUUUAAUUUUUUUUUUUAAAUGUAGCGACAGCAACUUAUAGCGUAUUACAUUGAAAACAGCGAUUUCCAACCGCUGACUCGCGGUCCGCAUGUAAAAAAAAAAAAAAAACUCCGAUUCUCGAAUUAUUUUGGUCCAGAGGGAGCCGCUAAAAGCUUACCGGAAAUAAUAUCGUCGGGGAGUGGGGGGAGGGGGGGAAAUUCGAUAAAAACAACAAAAAACAAACAAUCGUCAAUCGAAACAUCAACAAUGCGUAUAUACUCGCGUAGGAUUACAAUAUUUAACAAAGACAAUAUUAUUCCGUUUUCACGGUAUUUUGUUAAUGUAUUAUUGAAAUAACAAUAAUAAUAAUCGUCUUGCUCGGCGUUUUUAACGCGAGACACUAAUUGAAUUCAUUAACUCUAACCGAUUUAUAAUAAUAUGAUGCGUCGUUGCGUUCGUCGCUCGCCGUUACAAUAACAAACACAAUACGAGACCGUCCGUGUAGUUUUAAAUGUUUCUCUCGGUUGUCAUUAUUAAUUGUACCGUCCGUUCGAUUAAAUAUUCAUCAUACAAAGUAGUGCCGCCCAUUGCCCGCGAGAACAUUAAAACGCGGCUAGUGUUAUUAUUGUUAUACGACGCCCGUUUAAUAUUCGUAUCUCGUAUCCCGGGUAAACGCGUUCGAUCGGCUCUUCAUUACCGCAAAUAACAUUAUGGCGAUUUUUUUCGGUUUGGUUUUUUUUUUUUAUUAUUUAUUACGCUUAAUAAACCGUAACGUUAUUGAGCCGUUCCCGUCUUCCUAUCGUCGCACUAUAUCGCGGUCCGUUUAAGCGUCCGCACGCUCGACAUUUCGAAAUGCUGCGCAUUAACGAGUUAAUAACUCAUCCACCCAUAGCCGAGUUAAUUUUAACGUUUUGACAUAAUGAAUUCAUUUUUAUUCCCGAACCAUUAACUCAACUGCCGACUCGAUGAACAUACUAAAUAAUUAACUUUUAUUGAACUACAGUGAAUUUUGUACGAGUUAAGUCGAUUUCAGUUUUUAUUUGUGUGCUCGUAUAGACAAAUGUAUUAUUAUUAUGAUCGAUAUUUUGAUUUUAAUUUUAAGAUUAGAUUAUACUACUCUGCUGCACUUGAGCCCUUACGGGCGUUUAUCCGAAUAAAUAGAUAAAUAAAUAUAUUACGAACAUUUUAAAUGCGAAUUUUUGUGAACGCCUGUUAUUUCUUACUGUUGUCGCCGAUCGGGGGAUGUAGGUAAAUUAUUAGGCCAUUUUAGUAUGGAAUAGACAACAUUAAAUACAUUUUUUUUUUUUUAUGAACUUAAUUUGAGUUCAUAAGUUAAUUUUUACUUUUGUUUGAUUUUCUAACUUAAUUGGAUUAAUACGAUUUUUUGAACUUUUUACGAUUUUAACUUUAUUUAAAUUAAACUUGACUUAAUUGAGUUGAAAAAAAUCAUUAACUUGCCCAGCUUUGUCGAAAAGUAUCAGAUUUUUUCAACAAAUUUCGUACGCACGCCCGCCCUUAUUAUUAUUUCACAUAAACGGACGCGAUGUUUUAGUCUUAGCACAUUCAAGUUUCGACGAGUGGAGAGUAAUGAAAACGUAAUUCGGACACAUAAAAUGACACUUGUCGUUACUACAUCUGGUGAUGAUCAAAAUUGGUCUUGGUCUUGCGGUCUCGCAAGAAAAAAAGAUUAGAAACAAUUGGAAUUAGUAUAACAAAAGUAAAUACGGUGUGCAUCAUCUUUAUUAUAAAUAUAUUUUUAAUUUUGUUUAUAGUUUGUGUGAUACGAUUGCAUAUUGGGUUUUGUGUACCUUAACUAGUGUCUUUGUACACCAAAGCUAUGUAAAUACUGUAGCGGACUUGUAGUCUGUUGAUAAUACGCCUUGCAACAGGCCUCAUAACAGGUAUUUAACUUUAUUUUAUAAAUUUCGUGAAAAUAGCUAGAAUCUUGCAAGAGCCUUGCGCAAGACCAGACCAAGACCAAAACUGACUCUGCAACACCAAGACCAGGAUUUUGAAAGUCUCGGUCAUGGUCUUGUUUUGAUCAUCACUAACUAUAUCUGUCCACGCAAACUCGAAAGUGUAAUAAUAUCUCGCUAAUGGGGUAACACAGCUAAAUGUCAACACCGAAAUAUAUUUAAGCCGAAACGGUAUCCGAUUAUGGAAUUUUGAGCAUAACAUGUUGCCGUUUGAAAAUCGAUUGUAGGUAGCGGUUUCGCUACUAAAAAAAAGAAACAACGGUGAUUUAAUAGCAUUUAAAUGUUCUCCAGUCUAAACUUUAAACGGUUAUUGCUCAUAAACGGUUAGUGUGAUAUCGAAAUUUCUGGAAAAAUAAUCUCUAUUCAAAUCUGUGUUCAAAAAAGGGGGUUUAUGUUUAUAAAAAAAAAAAAAAAUAAAUAAAAGCAUAUACCUAUUUCAAGGUAUAUGGAAUAGCGGCAGACGAAUUAAAAAUGGUUUUGAAAUAAAGCAUAACCGAAAACAGAAAUCAAAUUCACUUAAAAUUCACCGAGAAAAUUGCCGGUUCGUAAGGAAAAAAAAAUCACCUUGCAUACCUAGUAUUAUAGUAUUAGAUAUAAUACCGAAACAGACGAACAAUCAGAUAUUUAUCGAUAAACGGAUAUUUCGGUAUUUACUCAGUCGACUAAGCUGACCUAUAGCGCGUCGCGAGCGCAUCAACGCAUAAUAAUAUUACCAUUAGUUUAGCAAUCCAAAUCCCGUUCGGUUAAAAUGUUGUUCAAUUUUUCAAUUCCCCCAUCCCCCCCCACGCCCCAAUCCCAAAUAAUCCUCGAGAGGAGGAUUUUCGCGGUGCCUCUAUAUCGCAUUACACUUAAAAGGUUACAUUCCAAAUCUUUAUGUUAUAAUAGAAUAUCUAAGACACGGAAGUUUACCGCAAACACUUUUUUUUUUUUUUUUUUUUUUUAAAUAAUAUUAUACAGAUAUGUUAAAACUGCACUUGUACCGUGGUACUCGUAUUCGUAUAUAUAAAAUGUAUUUGUACAUCCGAUAUCCAUACCGACCUUUUUUUUUUUUUUCUUCCGAAUCUUUAGAAUAAAAUAGUAUUAAAUCCUUCGGUUUUACAUUUUUUUUUUUUUUUUCUAAUAUAAUAUAUAUUAUAUACGACAGAACGAUUCUUUAACCAUCACGAUGAUCCAUUACCAUUAUUAGAUUUCCCUUCGUUACUCCCCAGAUAUAAAUUCUGGGGCACCCGAGUAUUGGAUUACAUAUAUAUAUAUUUUUAAAAGGUAUACAGAGACUGAACUACUAAUGUAAAACACGAAAAUAUACGAAUUUUUAACAUUUUUGUUUGUUUCAGUACCUAUGUAAUUUAACAAUUUUUUUUUUUUUAAUACACAACUUUCUGGAUAAAAAAAAUGUUUAUAAAAUUAGUCAAAUGAUUAUUAAUUGUUUUUAAAUAGCUGGCUGUUAAUAUUGAACAUAAGUGCAACGAGAUUAUAUUAUAAUACUUUAUUAAAAUCUAAAAUGUGCUAAAAUAUAGUGGUCCGAUUACCGCGUUCAAUAACUUUAAAAAAAAAAAAAAAAUAGUUAAAUAAAAUAGUAGCCUGAUCACCGAGUCUAUCUGUUAUAAAUGUACAAUUUUAGCGGCUCAAUUCCGGGCGGGCGCCCAAAUUUCGAACAGUUACGACAAAAGAGUAUAGGGGUAAGAAUUCGGAAAUAUCGUUAGAUUAAAAUGAUUUAAACAUUUCGGUAAUGCGAUUGAAAAAAUAGAAAUCAAAAAAUGCAUUAUUAAAAUCCUCCUUAUAAUUAAAAUAAUACUGUUGCAAAUACGUUUUUAUUUAUCGGUUGGAGUACAUUACGCCUACGCAUGCGCCGCCGUUUCCUUCUUACAAACGUAGCAGGACAUUAUAAUAUGCUAUGUAAAGAUGAAAAUAAGAACCGGAAUUAUUGUAUUGCCAUUCAUUUCAAGUCCCGACUCAUUAAGCGCAUCCAUAGGUAUACAGACAGGGUUUAAAAGUGAAACCAAAAUGUAAUUUAAUUUCUGUAGAUAUACAAGACGACUCUGAUCACCCACAGUGGUUAAAUUUAGCAUGUAUUCAAAUUUUGAUUUUUGUAAUUUUUAAGUGUAAUUUUAAGCCGAUGUUAUCGAAUAUUUUUUCACAACAAUUAAGGAGUACCUUAUGGCGAUAUCAAAUUUGAUUUUUCAAAUGAGAACUUGUUAUUAAAAAAUCCACGAAUAGACGGAGUAUUACUUUAAACGUUGGUGUUAAAAUUUUUAAUUUCCGUUAAUCCUACUUCUGGAAAAAUACGACUGAAAAUGUUCUGCUGCGAAUCGUUUUUCGUUUACAACGGUUUAUCGUUGUGUACAGAUAUAAAUCAAAUUGCUGUUAUAUAUUCUCGAUCCUGAGACGGCGGCACAGCCAUCAACAGUAUCGGCCCUAUUUUGUCCGUGUAUUUGAUCAAAAAUUUCAAACCGAACAAAAACGGACCGUAUUAUAUAAUACGGAGUACGAUUUUGCGCCGCGAGUUUUAAUAUUAAAGCGAACCGAACGAACGGUCGAACUUAAACGUUAGGCACAUUGACUCGUACGUCGGUUUCGUGUCGACACUCGAGUUUUUUUUUUUUUUAAGCGAGAUACGGGUAGGUAUGCGAAAAAUUGUCGUUUGAAAAUCGUUCGAAAUUCUUAUCGUUUCGUUACGCCGCCGAUCCCACGGCGCGCGGGAAAAUCGGUCUAAAUUGUCGUGUCCCGCGUCUGUUGGACGGAUAACGAAAAUAUCGGUGUCCAAUCCCCUUAAUAGCAAGACGCAAGUUCUUUAAUAAUAUAUUAUGUUAUAUAAGGUACAUUACGUGUGCUCGUCUGUUGGUCGAUUCUGUAAAACGCGUAGGAGUUUUUAUAAGAAUUGAUAAAAGAAAAAAAAAAAAUACGUGACUCCCCAUUUUUUAUUAUAUGUUGAUGCAAUUUUAAAUUGUACAAUACAAAAAGCAAAAUCGUAAGAUUAUGUACGUACACCAAACUCUUGACCUAAUUUACCGUAAUAACAAUACGUCGGUUACAUAUUGUACCGACACUCCUCACCGCGCGCCGACCUUUUAAUGAAAAUAUCUUAACAAUGUGUUCGAUGGAAUUUCAAAUUAUAUCAAGCAAAAUGAAAAAAAGAAAUGUAUCUCGGAGUUGUUGCGAUUGUUAACAAGACCCUCGUGGGAUAUCGUCAUUUUAUAAUCUCAACGGUGAUAAAUAUAACGAAAUUAGUAAACCGGAUAAAUUCCAAACGUUACAAUAACACUACGAAUUUCCUUACGCAGGUAUCUCGUUAGUUUCUCAAUCUUUGUCCUUUAAAUACAGUUUUCGACGGUAACAUUACGUUUGAUAGUUUUAACAGUUUUCAUAGACUUUAAUUUUUCUACAAUUAUUUUUUUAAGGUCUGUAUUUUGUACGAUAUGUUUUUAGACGAGUACGGAGAAUAUUAAGUGUUUACCUAUUUUCCGCUAGUGCAAGUGGUUUCCAUGGGAGGAGGCGAUGAGAGCGAUUGCCCCUCCUCCUGGAACAUUUUUUUUUUUGUCGACUGUUAAGUAUGUUCUGUACGUAAGCAACGAAAAAGCGAUUCUGAGCGGAGUUCAGUUGGUAGUGAUGCUUUGUCAACAAUAUAUAUGUCAUAUUAUGGUAAAAAAAUAAUUUAUUAGCCAUUAGAUAUUUUCUUUAAUAAUAUUUGUUUAAUAUUGUACCGAUUUUUCCGUUGUACCUACGUUUUUCCCGGUUUUUCACAUUUGUUGAGAAAACUCUGUAGAAAAUCGAAAAAUGACCUCCUUAAAGUACCCCCCCCCCAACAAAAUUUCCUUUCAGAAAUGUUGUUACAUCGCAAUCAGAUCUUCGGCAGAAAAGUCAUUCAUAGAUAAAAUAAUUGUAAAACCAUAAGCUUCUUCGCUCCACUCAGAAUCUAAAAUGAAAGUUAUGUGUAAUUUAUGAUUAGGACCACAAACAAAUUUUAUCCUUUAUUUGAUACAUGUCGUUAUGAUAUGGAACUCGACAAAUUUAAAAUCGCUCCCCCUCUUCUUGAUGUUUUAUCAAAACCGCCACCGUUUCCCGCACCAUGUCUACGGUUUCAAUAUAUCGUAUGAAUUUGUUAGCUUUUUUCCGGGUACACAUGGAUUACCCGUAAGAAAUAAAUUUUUGAUUUUCUUAUUCAAUAAGUUUUAAAACAAAAUAUUUUUCUUAGCAAAAUGUAAGUAAUUAUUUCUUUUAGAUUUUAAGCACAUCUAGAAACGUAUUGUUGUGAUCAUAAUAUUAUGAUGUGUUUAAAAAAAAAAAAUGUUAUCAACCCAAAUAACCUUUUCCACCGAAAAUCUCUAUUCGAUCUUCAAGUUGGAUCCCUAGGUAAUUUUUUUCUAAUUUUCUUAACGAUCGGGAAAAUUCGGGAAAACGCGUAGAAAAACCGAGGAAAUUUACGCAAUCGCGGUUGAUUCCGUUAUUUGCGGUUUCGUUUUUAUUUGUUGUAAAUCGGUUGAAAAUAAUCGUACGUAGUUUUAGUUUUUUAUAUGUGUUUUAAGUUUAAAUAUCUAAAAAAAAUCACGGCAUUUCAAAACACGGUUAACCGAACAUCGUUUUUCGAUGGCAAUGACUUAUCGUUGAGUACGGAUACAAAUUAAACGAUUCUAUAAUACGGACCUUUUCAAUUCCCCACACACAACACAGAUACACACCCGUCAGCAGUUAACAGCUUGUAUAUACAUUUUUUAUAACUACCGGGUUUAUGUCUCUCCAGCACAUUAUAGUGUUCGUUUAUAAUAUUAUCGCACACAAUAGACACUUGUAAAACAAUGUGCAUAAUGAAUUGCGUACACGUCACUCCUGGUGAAUGGCGUCGUCAGAGUAACGCGUAUUUUUUUACGGUUCGAAAGUAAUAAUAAAAACAAAUUUCGGUUUUAGACAAACACGGAUACCAUCCGUUUAUAAACAUGGCGAUCAAUAUAACGUAAGACAAUCGCCAUCUCGAGAAGUAUUCAUUUUGUCGGUGAUUUGUUUUUUACAGUAAAUGUAUGUAACAAACAACUCUAAAAUGUUACAUUACCGUUAUUUUUUGUCACCCUUGUUUUCGGGGUUGAAAAAACUAUGCUUACGUUUGAUCUACGAGCAGCACCCUCCUUUGUCAAAAAAAGAUACGGACAUACUUCGCACGAUGGGUUGGCCAAUGUUAUAGGUGAGAAGUUGAGUAGAUUGGAUAUAAGAGAAAUUGAAUGGUUAAAAUAAACGAUUAAACAUUGCUACCGAAAUAUGAUUCUGAGCGGAGUUCGGUUUUGCAUGUUUUGAAGGCAGUAAUAUUUACGAUAUUAAAAUAAUACAUUUCGUAAAUUUUCCAAUUUUUCUCGGUUUUUCGGUUUUUCCCAUUUAUUAUGAAAAUAGCUGGAAAACCAAAAAUUGACUUUCUUUAAAUACUACCCCAGUCAAAUUUCCAUUUAGAAAAAAUGCUGUACUUAAAAAUCGGAGCGAAAUUGCUAGUAGAAUAUUUAUCCACGGAAAAAAAAAAAUUAUAAAUAAUAAACACCAUUGUAAACCAAUACAGUCUUCGCUUCGCUCAGAAUCCAAAAUCCACAAAUUAAUGGAAAUAUGGAAUAUUAGUUUAAAUAUAUUUUACGUGAACAAAAUUAUUACUUUCCAUCAGCGUGUAGUACACUUUGUGUGAGGCCCGGCAUUUUUCUAUACUUAUUAGUUACCACCCAAAAGCCUUCUCAUGAGCAUUAUCAGUAAUAAAUUGCUAUUAGUUAUCUUUCAAACUCGCUGUUCUGCAGUUCUACAUAAUAAAGCCUUCAACCGCGCAAUCGUCCAGUGGCGACCGUCCGCAAGAAGCGAGUGAUACGUGGAUAACUUGAAAACAACCUAAAAUCAACAAAUAAUGUUUAAUGACAACAACCCCGCGUGUUUCAUUAAUUCUCAUAGUGUAUACAAAUAUAUAUUUUGGUCUCUCGCAAAAUUAUAAACAUCGUCUCUUAUCCUUGUAAUUUUUAAAAUAUUUGCCGGACUCAGAUACCAAUUUAGUCGAAGAACGGGCCUCAAAAAACAAAACUCAUCACUCCCGUAGCUUUUAGCGUUAGUGAGCGUUUGAUGUUGAUCACUUUGAAUAGACCGGUACCUUGCGCAAAUAAUGAAAAAUACCAAUCGAUAUUAUCGCGGUACGCCGUUGGUGCGAUAAACCGUAAACAAAUUCGCGACACGUAAAACUUUUAGCGGAUUAAACGAGAUUUCCCGCGGUAUUAUAAUAUUAUUCUGCCCUCUUAAACUAAAGGGCAGUAAGCGGCACAAUUUGAUAAACUACCGCUCUUAUAUUAAAAUAUUUGUUAUUUUAAAGCGUAUAUUUUUGGUUCUUAACGAAAAUACCGUGAAUACAAUUUAUUUCACAAUACACGUGGUUAAACACAUAAUAUACUUUAAAAAAAAUCAUCUCUGUUCGUUCCUAAGCAAAAAAAAAACAGUGUCAAACAUGUUAUCUCACACUAAGCAAUAACUGAUCACACGUUCACACUAUUAUACAAUGAUUUGGUUCGUUGCGGCUCACCAACGGUAUUUUCGAUUAGCACUGUGAUAAGAAAACAAGACUGUUCAGAAAACGACUUCGUUCAAAACUAUUAUAAAAUGUCAUUUUACGGCCUAUCGGUUUAGGAGAGCAGUAUAAUAUUGGUAAUACGCGUCGUCAUAUUUCUCAGCGAUGUUAUAAUACUGUUAUUAUUUCGCACACGGGAACGCGCAAAUAAAUCACGUGGUCGAGGGGGAAAAAAAGUUAAAACUCAACGUUUGUGCGCGAUGAUCUCAUCGCGGCGGCGGAGCAUAUUCGGCGUAAUAUAAAUAUCCCGCGUACAUAGCAUAUAGAGAAACGUUAUAUUUUUUUUUUUCUAAUCAAAGGAACCCGCCACAGUAGAUUUUUAUAAUCAUAUAUCAUGUGCAUAGUAUAAUAAAAAUUUUAAAAUUUGUUCCAGUUGUUUUUCCACGGUUACGAUCAUACGUCGUUGUUGUCGUAUCUGGACGCCAAAUGUUUGCCGACGAAAUACGGCGGCCUCAUGGACAUCGAAACCAAUCAGGGCGUAGACUUGUGGAAUCUACUGUGCCAUUACGAGGACAAUUACAAAGGUACGCGCGAAUUUAGGAAAUAAAUCAAAAAUACUAAAAAAAAAAAAAAAACCACGUACGAUUUUAACGAUUUUUUCUCGUCUGUUUUCAGUGACAAACGAAUUCGGUUACAAAAAGAACAAAUGAUCAAACGCGUACAUACCUACGAGCUCAUACAUAUUAUAUCUUUAUUAUCUAUAACUAUCACUAUAUUGUUAUCAUAAUUUAUAUAUAUUUUAUAACCAUAUCACCAUGAAGACUCUUUGUAGACUAGAUAUAUAUAUCAUAAUUAUCAUGUUAUAAGCACCUAUAUAUUCGAUUUUUAUAUCAUUCAACAACAUAAUAUUAUUAUACAUACUAUAUCAUUAUAAAUCAAUUGCGGUUUAAAAUAUUCA